AUGGAUUUAUUUGGACCAGUUGGGAAAGCAGAGUUGACAGUCCAAUUUGCCCUAAAUGACCGGCUGCGUGCCAUUCAGAUGCAAGCUCUUGUAAAAAGAUUUAAGCAUGAAGACAUCGUUCUGUACAUCACGCGGUUUAAUGAAGUUGCACGCCAGGUUAGAUAUGUGAUCUUCUAUUUAAUAUUGGUUCCGUAUAAUAUUGUUUCAAGAACAAGCUUUAAUAUUGAGUAUUUUAUUGCUUUAUUUUUCACAGACUAACCUGACAGUACUCCCCGAUGACUAUAUACGAGACUCUUUCCUAGCAUUGUUUUUAAACAGACUAAAAGCCCACUUUCCCUACUUUCCUCCAGAGAUGUGGGGGGACUGGUUUGAGAACUUUUUGCCUCUGUUCCUUCCUGGUAUCAAUGAAACACAAAUUUCAUGGCUGGUAAUAGACAUUUCUUGCACGUCCUAUCAAUCAGUGUAAGUAUCUCUUCUUAAUUACCAAGAUAUACAGCACCCAAUUUUCAACAUCAUUAUCUAUACAGGUACCUACAGUAUUGUGUUGUAUUUUCUCUUUUGCAUUUUUGCUUUUACUUUCUUACAAAGUAUUCAAUACCUGUGCUAGAAAUUUUAAUUAACUUUGAUUGGUCUACUAACGAUUGUGGAGCAAAGGAAUCAUAGUGAAAUUUCAAUCUCCAUUUCUGGAGUGCAGGAGAUGAUAAAUAGGACUUUAUUCAAUAGCUUUAGUUUUACAUUUCUUGUAAAUUGUAAAAUGAAAUGAAAUGAAAGCCAUAAAUACACCCGAUGAGAGAAAAUGUAUUAAACCUUAUCUUAAGGUUAAAUGUUUUUUUUUCUCAAUAUGUUGAAGUAGUUAAAUGUUACUACUACUAAAGCCAGUAGAUGCUUGUGAUUUGGCAUAAAAAUAUACAAUGCAAAUACAAUUUUCUUUUAUUUUUGCUGUAGAAGUAUAAUUCAGUGAAUAAAAAUGAUGUCUCAUGUUGGAUGUGUUAGCUAACAGAGAUGUUAAUUGGUAAAAGAGAAAACCCUAUGGUCAAGUCUGCUUCUAACAAAAUCAAACUAUUUAUUUAGUAAGGUAGUGGUUAUUAUAAUAGGUAAAAAAGAAUGAAUGUAAGAGAUACAAAGGUUGCAUACAUGCACAAGGCAUUACAAAGACAAACUCAGCGACAGACAGUAAUUCAGUAACUGAAUUACAUUUCUUCACUUGGAAAUACUUCUAUAAAUGUCGAAAACUGUGUCAAAAUUGUAGAAGUAGAAAGGUGGCCAUGGUAAAAAUGGAAUGUCUUUACCAAUCCCAUUGGUUUGUAUGUUGAUUAGCCAUGUGGACAUUUUACUCCUCUUGAGACACGUUUUAAAUAUCCCCUAAUAAUUUUGAGGUUGGAAUGUUACAUUCAAAUUCUAGUUUAUUUCUUUAAUAUCACUAGAGCAUUCUUUCAUAAGUAAGGAUACCUUUGAACAUAUAUGUUUGACACUACUACUGCUAUAUCAAUGUAUGGUUUGUAAGCAUACACAAUUCUAAAUUAAAUAUUUGAAAUGUUUGUCUGAUUUCAGGGUGAAUGGUUUUAAUCAAGCAUUUGUGCAUAUGCCCCAGGCUACAAAAAUCUAUUUCUACAAUAUGUAUAUUAAACGAUUCCUAAAUAAAAGAGCUCAAGAUGCAGGUAAGUGGACGACUAGUUUGAGACUUUGAUUUAACACAACCAGAGCCAAUCAGUAAUGUGUCUGUUUUCCCCAACAGCAGUGUGUGAGUUUACCAGUCACCUACAAUGGACCAGUGACAAUCUAGGAAGUUUUACAAGUCAAGCAACUAUUCAGGAUUUAAUUGGAUUCAAUGGGAAUUUUAGCAAGGUAAUUUUUGUGUGAAAUGGCCAAUGUUAAGCUCAAGCACUUUAGUUCCUAUCUGGUUAAAGUUCCAUAAUUGUCAACAUUUUAAGUGCCUAAAGAUUGGCAAGUUUUGUUUGGACUAGAGAUGUUGCAAUGGACAAGGUUCUUCAAGGAUAUUUCUCAUGAAUUAAUUUAUAGUAAUUACUAUAUCACUAUUAAUAUAAUUUGUUGAAAUAAUAAUGUACAUUAUUUCGAACAAAAGCUGACUCUCUUUAUGGAAUAAUGUAGCACAAAAUAGUAGAAAAUUACAUGUUUGUGGCGUUUGUGUGCAUUCCUGUGUUCAUUGCUAUAUGUUAAUUGUGAUCGUCAAACUUGGUAAAAUUUUAUACAACAUAAACCUUGCACUAUUACAUAUCCAUAAUAUAAGAUAUAGAGAGAUUUGUUGAUAUUCAUAAUUAAUUAACAAGUGAAGUUUGUUAUUUUAAUUGAUUAAAUGUAGGUUUGGAGAAGUAAAGUAUUUUAGUCAGCCCAUUUCGACCAGAGAUGGCAGGUUUUUGUGACAGAUAUAUUUUUUAAGUUGAAAUACUUUGUAAGUCCUUGGUAAAUGUUGCAAACAUCAUAAAACAACAAUUAUCCUACAAUACCCUAUUUUUAAAUUUUUUACAGGUGGACAAAAAUACUACUCUUACUCCAAGAGAAAUGGCCGAUUUUACAGUAAUAUCUGACAGUCUUUGCGAUGUAACAUUGACAACCAUGGCAUUAAACAAAGUCGGGUAUCUGAAAUCUUAUGAGGAACUCAAUCUGUAUCUGGGAUAUCUCAAAAACAAUUCAAGACCAGUAAGAACUAAAUACUAUUAUCUGAUGCGCAAUUUUUGUAAAAGAUAUUUACUAUGAAAAAAUAACAUAUAGAGAUAUUAAAGUAUGCUGUAAUAAUAGCUAUGCUAUUUUAAAGAGUAGCUGAAUUUCCUUUUAUGCAUGCGUAUUAAUUUUUGUUUGUUGUCAAGACCUCACCAUUGUCUUCGUCAGUAUGAUUUUCUGUGCAGAGAUGUUUAUAAAUGUAAAUUGUCAAUCUCUCCUUUGAAUCUGUGUUGUAUCUAUUCUCUCUGUGUUUGUGUUUGUGUUUGUGUUUGUUUCAUAGUCCAUGUCUGGUUCUUGUCUUUAGUUUUUGUCUACCUAGUCCCUUGUGUACUUACCCUCCUCCUUCGAGCUGCUCUGCUUAUCCAGUGUACCUUUUUUCAGCUUCAGGUAAGCAUUAUAUCUGGUUAAUUUCCUCCCUGCCUCCCUGAAGUAGUUAGUUUUAUUAUUUAAUGUUGGAGAAUGCCAGUAGAGCAUUCUCUUGGUAUAGUGGCAGGAGGAAUUCUCAGUGUCUAGUCAUUCUGUUACCCCUGCUAUUACCUUUAUCCCCAUUGUAUGUCCUUCUGUGUGCCUUUGUCUUAUAUAUUUGUAACUGUGUUUUCCCCAGCAAUUCUUGUCUUGUUUGUUUUGUGUAUGUGCUUGUUUCCCUGUUUGCCUCAGCAUCUGGCUUUAUUCCCAGGUGUUUGGGCUAGCUGUACCAAUCUGCAAGGUCCAAAUACUAGAUCAUGAACGGAGGUGCUUAAAUUACAUCCCUUUAUAAGAUAUCUACUCAUACAACAGUUUUCUAAUUUUACUUGUAAUCAUACAAACCCAUAGUUUUAACACCUGUUUAUGAGUGAUUACUCUAUAGUAGAUCAUUCAAACUUAUUCCGCACCUAGACCUUCAAUAUACCAACACUAAUGUCCCUGGAGAACUAAUGAGAACCCAUCUAUAGACAUUUUUACAGAUUAGCACCUAUGGAAUUGUGACACAUGUUUGAUUUGUCUUUAGUUUUUUUGUACAUUGAUACGGUGGUUAGAAUUUGAUUGGUUACUAGCUCAUACUUGAUGUGGGGGUGGGAGUGAACUACCACUAACUCUGGUUUAUCAUAUUGUAAUAAAUAAAGGGUAUGUACAGCAGUAUAAUAUAUGAAUUAUGUCUUAUCUAGAAUCCAUACCUGAUAUCAAACAUUUCUUGGUGUGAUGAACGAAAAGUUCUGGGUCAGCUCAGUGUGCAAACACAGCAAGAACUCAUUUUGACUCUUCUAAGUGAAGAAUGGAUUCUGAGUGACAUCCAGGAGUGGAUUUUCCUUUUCAGUACCCUACUCAAAGAUUUUGCUCUUGCCCUCAAUGAAUCUCAUAUUUUAAAACUGCCCUUAAAUAUCACUUGCGAGAGCUACCAAGCAAUGUAAGUAACUGUAAAAGAACAAUGUCUUUAUUGGCAUUGUUCUGGGGUUUAGCUAGAAUGUUAGUCAGAUAAAGCUUGAGUCAGCGUGGCCCAAAAUUGGUAAAAUCAUGUUAUGUCAUUGCCGGCUUCCUUUCCUUCUGAUACGGCCCACUACCAUGUCAGCGUGUGGGCGUUUGGGGUAGUCUUCAGCCUCUUCAGUUCCCCUGUGGCUUGAAUGAUGCCCUAAAUUAUGGAGUGGUGGCCUGGCUCUGGUCCCAUUUGCCAGUGAAAGAGUAAAUCCGUAGACUGUCUAGGCAAUUUGUGCACCCCAGUGCCCCACAUACCGAGACUUAUGGAGAAAGAUAAUGAGGGCUAUUUAAUCCUCUAUGCAGAACACCUUAGUGCUCAGUUGUGUGCCUACAAUUCUCAAGUUGACUUGUAAUAUUACCUUAGCCUUAUUCUGAUUCCUGGUAUUCUGACCCCUUGCCUGCUAUAUCACUUAAGAACCUAUCUUCUCUGACCUUCUCUUCUACCUGACCAUGUCUUUGGAUUCUUCCUUUCUGGAAAAAAAAAGUAUGGCAAUAUUCUAAAUUUUGUGCACUUUGUUUUAUGACAGCAUACAACUGCUAAACAAUGUCUAUCCACAUCUCAACAAAGUAACAAUACAGUCUGUGUAUGACUACUGCAAAUCUUUUCUCACAGAACAGAACUUAUCCACAGGUAUAUUGUAACAUUAUAGGUUUAUUUAAAGGAACCAUCAAAGCUAUUUUCUUUUAAUGGAUGAACGAUUCAAAAUAUAAUUUCCAUAAAAUUAAUAUAUAAAUAAUAAAAAUACAGUCAACAGACUUGUGAAUUAAUAUUCAAUUUUGCUUUAAAGCCUUUCAGAAAAAAAUGUAAAUGUCAUUUUGAUUCAUGUGCAUUAUUUUUAGAGCCCUGUGUGGCACCGAGUCUAAUAGAUGGAGAUAAGUUUAAUGCUAAAUCCAGAUUUCUUCGAGAAUCAAAGGACAUUCAUGCGUUCUUACAAUGCAUGUGCAGGCACAAGAAAUCACUUUUCCUCGACCUUUAUUAUGUAACUUGCAGAGUUUGUAAACCUUCAAAUCAGAAUAAAAAAAUUAUAAUUUUCUCAGACACUGCAGUCUUUUUCAACUCCUUGUUGUAUAGUAUUUUUUCCAGUGAUCAAGGCUCAAAAUUGCAAAUCCAGUGGAACAAGACAGACCUAAAAGUUACUCUGGAGUGUCACCAGGGUAAAGUUGUACUCACCAGGGCUAAAAUUUUCACUCGCCAAUAGCAAGUGGGAAAGUGGGUAAAAUGUUGAGCCCUGUUGUUAUUAUUAUUUAUCUACUGCCCAUUAGUACCUCAAUAUUUCUACAAAAUAUUUCCAUUAUCUACAUCUUCAUGUUUAAUAAUGUUUAACAACAUAUAAUAAUGUUUACUCCUGAAUAUUACAUUAUUUGAUUUCUUUUGUCCUUAGGAUCUUCCUGUACAUUAAACACAACUGGGACAGAGGAGUGGAUUACAAAAAAUUGGGGUGACUUUGUUUCUGAUGUGAAGAUCUCCGAACUCCUAACAUUGUAUUCGUAUCUUGAUGUGGUAAGAAUGACAGCUGGUGUAAAACAACAGAGAACCUGAUUUCUGUUUUUAAUCACAGUCCUGACAGUUUUGUAUGACAUUUUUUUUCAUUUUUGUUUAGAAUGUUUGGUUCCGUUUGUUAACGCCAGAAGAAUUUGCAGUGGUUCUACUCAAAGAAAACAUUCUCACUGAUUAUGCUCUUGUAACCAGAAUUUUAGGCCUUAUUGAGACCCAGAAUGUCAAUGAAUAUGUGACUGCCAUUACAAGUAAAGCUGCAGAGGUACCGCCUUCAUACAAAUCAUAAAAUUAUGCUCUGUAUGUAAAAAUUUAUACAUGUCAUUAGACUUCACUUGAGUGUUUUGUGUGAAACAAAUGCUCCCACACAACAUCCUACUUUGUACUUCUUUUAUUGGUGAAUGCAAGAGGGGACAAGCAGGGAACACUUGCCCCCCUCUGAAAUAUUGGUGGAUUCUAUUUCAAGGGUACAGAAGUCUUUAUCUUUGCUGAUAACUUUUAUAAUAUUGUUGCUUACAAAAAUGAUUUAAGCAGUGUGUAGGGAUAUGAUGUCUUGUCUUAACAAUCAGCCUUAUUGGACAAUAUAAGGAUGAUAACAACAACGUACUGGUAUAAAUUAUCAGGGUCAAGAAGCAGUCCCCCUGCUCCCUUAUUAAGUCACCUUGCAAGUGGUUUGGGAUAUUUUAUGUGGAUGCCUGUGAUGUCACAUGUUUGGAAAAGUGUAUUUCUUUGGGCAUGGUAUACACCAUUUUCGUUCUAUAUUUCUUCUGCCUAAAUUAAGAAAUGUUUUAUGACAUUUAAAUAUAAUAUUUAAGUAGCAGUAAUUUUAAAUAUUUAAUGAUUUUUUUGUGAAGGAACAAAAUUUAUGAAAGUAUAGGGAUAAGUGUAACAAUGUUCCUAUGGCAAAUGUAUAUAUGGCAAAUGUAUUUAUCCAUUUUUUUUUAUUUUCUAUUCUGUAUUAUAUUAUACUUUUAUAUUUUUAUUUGUAUCAUAUUUUUUAAAGUUUUUUUUAGGAAUCCAGAAUAUAUUUUAGCAUUUAUAUAUAUAUAUGCAUCUAUAUUAUUUAAUAAAACAGGGACUCUUUGUCUUCAUGGAAAAAAUAUCUUUAUGGAAAAUAUUUUUAACAAAACAAUUGUGGCGUUAUUAUAACAUAAAAUAUUUUUUCUUUUGUACUUCUUAGAACAAUCUUAUAGAAUCCCAGAUAACUCUGCUGAAGGAGACCCUAUUGGCUGUAAUAUUGGUGAAUCACAGUUCCUCUUUCUCCUCUUUUGAUACACAAGACUGGGUAAAUUUGAUGAAUGAUUUGGUUCUAUUACUUCCCUACAUCAACGAAACUCUUCUUCAGUUUCUGCCAACUGACAUCUCCUGCUCUUCAUACCAAGAAAUGUAAGUGUGUUAGAAGUAAUAUCUGAUAUCACAAGUUGAAGCUAUAAGAUUUUUAUUUAAAAAUUUAAAAUUUGAAGAAUUAAGAAAAUAAAAAACUCUAUAGCAUAAAUUAGUUCAGACUAACAAUCUGGCUGUUUAUGUAUCUCAGCAAUCAGUUUAUAGGAAGAAAAUACAUAAUUUCAAGCAUGGAGUAAACUUUAAAUUGUGUACCACUAGACAGGCCAAAUAGUUACUAGACUGUGAGCCUGCAAUCUUGGAAAAGUGAAUUUCUACUUGCCAGGACUGAAUUUUCACAUGUUUACUGGGCGAUUGGAAAUUUUAAGUGCUGAUUUCAGUGUUUGAUUAUUCAACUAGGAGAACUGAAAAUGAAACUGCAAAUAUUAGGUGAACGUAGCAGAGUUAUAAACGUAGAAUUUUUACAAUUUUGUUAUUUGGGUUUACUUCGUAAGUUAGAUAAUUCUGCAUUUCUAUUGUUAUUUAUCUGUGAUAUUAGAAUUUGGAAGGGCAACGUAUACAACAUAGUGUAAAUACAAAAAAGAAACAAAUUGUGUCAUGAAACCCUUGUGCAUUUCGCAUUAAAACCAAUUAAUUUGAAAACACGUUUCUAAUUUUUAUACUUUGUUUAAUCAGCAUUAUAAAAUAUGUGUGGUUAAUAAACAAUAACAAUGGAAUAAUUUGAUCUAUUUUGUAGAAUCCCUACUUAAAACCAUACAAUAAGACAAUACAAUUUUAACAUUACACAUUGUUUGCUUUUUCUUAAACAGAGUGAAAGAAUUUACCUAUAUUUACACAUCACUGUCAGAUAUAACCAAACAAGAGUUCUACAAUUAUUUUAUCAAAAAAUUCAUGACCGAAAAGCUGUCUACAGGUGUAACAGGUACGUUCCUUCGUUUCCUGGCACAGUUGAAACUUUUUAUAGAGCUGCAUGCUAACAGUUUGGAUUACUUAAUAUUUCACUGUAAUAAUAUAUAUAUAUAUGUUUGCUUUGUAUAGAUGUUUGUGAAACAUCAGAUUUCAGGAUUUGGAUUUAUAUUAACUUUGGAUAUUUUAUCGAGCAAUCCACAUUUGCAGAUCUGAUUUUGUUCAAUAACAACAUCACAAGGGUGAGAAUUUGAUUUCAAAUCCAUUUAAAGAUAAAUAGAUAGCUAGUCAGACGGACGGACGGACGGACAGACAGACAGACUAUUACUUAAAAAAUAAUCUCACUUUGUAUUUUUGUUUUAAUUUUCUCUUCACAGGUACAGAACCCAGAUGAACUUUCGUCAGUAGAGCUCGCAGAUUAUAUUUUUGUUGCUGAUACCAUAAAAGACACACAAAUAUCCCAACGUCUUGUGGAUCAAAUCAAAAAAUUUCAAAAUUAUGAUACUCUUCUGGACUAUCUUAACAGGAUACAAAGUUCCCUUUCCCAAGUAAGACAUCAUUGUGAACAAAAUAGAAUAUAUGAAUAGAAUCCUUACAGCUCCAAAUCCCCUGCCUCCACAUAUAAUUAUAUAUAGAAAACUAUCAUCAUUAGCACUUUUUUGUGUUUUUUGUUUUUUCACCAUUGACCAGAGCUAUUAUCUGGCACUCGUCAUAAUUUUGUUUCUCUAAGGCACUUCUUACAAUAGGUUUCAGUUCCAUUUAUAAAUUACAUAUACAUAGGCACUUUCUAAUUCACCUAUAAGAACUUUAUAAAUGAGCCCCUAUGCAAUUUAACGCAAUUGAUGGCCCUUUACAUAGCAUAAUAACAUUUAACACUUGGAUGGUAAUUGGUAUUAUUCCGUGUAGUGUGUGUAUGACCCAAAUGCUUUAUUGCUGAAGUAUCGUUUAGCGAGCGCGCUCUCUCACUCCCCAGUUAUAAAGUAGGUGACGCUUAUGUGCCAUUGUUUAGGGAAUAUUCCCCGAUCUGGCCAAAGUGAAUAUAAAGAGCAAUCAGAUAAAGUAUUACAUAUGAGGAGUUGAGUAAGGAAUAUAACACACGCUCAAAUUUUUCGGGAGUAAGGCAUUGGUAAUACAACACACUAUAUUUGGUUACGCAAUCCAUACUGCAUGUUACAAUUCCUUUCUUUCGCUGCAGCCACGCCAACCAGUACGUGUGAGGCGGGAUAUUGGCGAGCAGUCGUAUGAACCUCUGAACAACACUCAACCCACCAGCUUUCAAUCUGGGGUAAGUGGAUCUUUUUUAUUUAUUUAUUUCUAUUAACAGGGCAUAUUUAGUUAAUGCUAUUUUAGGGGUCCUUAGGAAAGUUCCGAACCGGGACUAAAAGUUGACCAGGCUUAAUUUUGACACACUGUUUAGUGAUGAUCCAAAAUGGAACAAUAAUGGAAAGCUUUUAAUUCUGAAAAAUACCCUGAGUGCCACCAAACUUUUUUGAUUUUGUAUAUCACCGUAUACACAUAUAACAGUCAGAUCUGAGCACCCGGCAUAUGAAACUUGAAAGCAAAAGUGCAAGGACUUUGUUACUAUAUAACGUGUUUACUCAAAUCUAAUAUGCACCUUUUUUGGGAAAAUAACGUUUCCAAAAUUUGAAUGUGCAAUAGAUUCAAUGGCGCAUUACAUUCAGAGCAAAACUAGAAAUUUUCCAGCAAAUUUCAUUUCGGUGAGUUCACACUGGCGAACUAAGACUGGUGAAUUAAAAGGGAUGAAUUUAAACAGGGGAAUUGAAACAGAUGAAUUAAAACUGGUGUAUUAAAACUGGUGUAUUACAAUGGGUGAAUUAAAACUGGUAAAUUAAAACUGGUGAAUUCAAACAGAUGAAACAGAAGUCACAUUUUUCCUGAAAGAGGUCUUAAGAAAGAAUAGACUUAACAUGUAUUACUAAAAUUGAAAUUCCAUCAAAGUUACGAUGGUAUAUGGCAAUAAACAUUUUAAUUGUAGCACAAUGUUGUAUAGUAGUAUCUUCUUGUAUAAAUGUGCAUUACAUUCACCAGCAAAAACAUUUUUGAGCUUCCAGGUUUCAAAAAUUGAGGUGCGCAUUAGAUGGCGCAUUAGAUUAGAGUAAAUACGGUAUAUAUAUACUCAAUGGAUCUGCAAAACAAUUCCUUGUCUAGGUGCCAAUCUCCAGACAAAAAUGCUAAAUAAAAAGAAAGAGUGUACUCACUGGACUUCUUCAUAAAUGUGCUGCUCGAGAUAAAAGUCCAGGAUAGGACUGAAACGUUGAUCUUGAUUUGUGUUUCCAAAGGGUCUGCUUCAUUAAAAGCAGCAUCACAUUUAUGAAGAUUUCCUGUUAGUGAUCUCUUUUUUUUUUUUACACUGCAUUAAAAAUAAAAAAAAUAAAAACACACACAAAAAAAACUUGAGAUGCAAAAAUGUCCACUGUAAUUUUGCUGUGGGAAAAAUAUCUAAAAAAAAUUAUAUAAUAGGAAAUGUCAGUUAUGGUAAAAUAACACAAAAAAACUGCAUGAACAAACAAUAUAAUAAACUGAGUAAUAUGAGGCAAGAAAAGUAAUAAAUAAUAUAAUAAAAAGAAAAAAUAUAAUAAAAAGAAAAAAAUUAAAAGAAAUUAAGGAAAAAUGUAAACCAUGUUACAUUUAAGCAAUUUUAAAUUACUCUGAGCCAAUUAUGAUUUGAUAAAUCUUUUCUUUUUCUUUUUUUUUUAAUUGUUGUAACAGUUUUAUGCUACAUACACACAGCAUUGCUAAAUUUCCUAGAUGUAUUUGUUAGUACUACAAAAAUGAUCCCAUUUAAAUUCUCAUUCCGAAAUAUGUUAUCCGAUUGUUGAAAGAUUUUCUCGGUCCAAUUAAAUAUUUCACAUCUAGUCUAUUCUUUUCAUUACUUUUAUUUUUUAGAUUGCAGACCUAUCAUCAAAUGUUUACUCACGUAAUCAGCAAGGACCACUGACAAAGCUGAGCAUCAGCAUUCUACAGAAGAUUGUGACUAAUGUGCUCAUAGAUCUCAACCAAGAAUGGAGUUUACUGGACAUGCAAAAAUGGAUCCAAGUUUUUGACAUUCUGAUUACACAGUUAUAUAGUGCACUCACUGAAAUGCACUUUUCACAACUGCCGCUCAAUAUUUCUUGCACUGACUACCAAUUAAUGUGAGUAAAAUAUAGUAGUAUAUAUGUAUAUAUGAUUUUCUCACCCCUUUUGGGUGCUAUAUAUAUUCCUCAUUAUUGAGUCCUCUGCCAGAGGCCUGAAGUCUGAGGGUUCUGCGCAGUAUCUUAUCUGUUCCUAGAAGCGAUUUUAGAUGUUCCAUCUGGAAUCUGUUAAAGUUACUGUGCUCCUAUCACAACUGGGACUACUACUGGCUUCACUUUUCAUAUCCUCUCUAACUCCCCUUUCAGUACUUGGUAUUUAUCCGUCUUCUCAUAUUCGUUCUUCUUGAUGUUAUAGUCACUUAUAGUCAUAUAUAUAUAUAUCUCAAUAUAUAUAUAUACAAAAUACAUGUUUGUCUCACCAAACUACCAAUUAUGGUCUUGAUUCAAUAUUUUUGGAUUUCAAAUAAAUUGGAUACAUUUUUUAAAUGAUUUAAUAUUUUGAAAAAUAUGUUAAUAUUUAGAUAUUUAGAUUUUUUUAUAUAUUAUAUAUUUUUAUACAUAUCAUAUAUUUUCUGAUAUUUUCUGGAAAAAUAAUACAUUGUUUAUCCAAAAAAUAUUAAAUCUUUUGAAAGGCUUUGCGAAUUAUAUCUAAUAUUAAUAUUCUUAAGACUCAUUUUUUUUUCUUUAACUUGCAAAAUAAUAUUAUGUUUUAUUUUGCUUUGUAUCUGACUAUAUCAAUGAAAUGGUAAACUGAAAUUAUUGCAUUAUUUAUUUUGGUUGAAAACCACAGAAUAAAGAGGCUGAGCAACAUCUACCCCAUUCUUGAUGAUGCUGAAAUUAAGAGUGUUUACACAUACAUUAAGUCAUUUUUGACACAACAAAAGAAUAACUCAGGUAACACACUAGAAAUACAAAUUGAAAUUAAUUUUACUGCAGAAAAUAUUAGAGCAAAUAAUUCUUUUUGCAUUAAUGUCAGAAAUGUUAUUAUCAAAGAAGUGAAAUUAAUCAGUGUUUAUAAAUUGAAAUCUAGCACAAAUUAGUCUGCUAUGUUUGAUUGGAACUUAGAGAAGGAUUUUUAAAAAAAAAAUAUAUAUUUUUUUUUAUUACAGAUGAGUAAAGGAAGAUACAGCUUAAGAAUUAAUUUUACAAAACAAAAAUAGAGUAGAUGAGUAAACAAUAUAAGCAGACAGAGAAGAAAUGUUAACCUCUUUAAAGUGACCCUACCACUACUAUUUUCUUUUCAUAAAUUAGUUAAAAACAACAUUGCCAACAAAUUAUUAUAGUGUUCAUCUAACUAAUUUCCAAUUACUAUUUAAAAAUCUGAACUUUUAUCUGUGUGGGCAUUGCCAUCUUGGAAUUGUGUUAUGAGUACGAACAGUUGCAGGGAGCAUGUGAUAUAAACUGGCAAAUCGCUGUUAGAAUGAAAAGAUACUUUGAACUCUCUAAUGGUUCCCACCAUGUUCAUCAAAAUGUUAUUGUUACCUAAAAUUAUUUGAUUCUAAAAUAUAAAAAAAAAAAAGUAGUGAGACAAAAUUAACAUGAGCUGCAGUGUAGGCAGUUUUUAAAAUCCCAUAAAAUUAUGCGCCUAUAACUUUGAAUGAAUAACUUUAUUUUCUUAUAGUUUUUUUGGUUCAAAACUUACAGGUACAUAGUAAGGUUAACUUAAACAAAUGCUAUCUUAAUUGAUUACUGAUCUGAACUUAAAAUUAAUACAGUGAAUCAUACAAAUAAGUAGGAAUGCGGAGAAUAGGAGUAACACACAAAAUACAAAUACAUUUUAAAAACGCAAAUAAAAUUAGAGACUAGAGAUCGUGGUCAGUGGUAUCUAAUAAAAACACAAACUCUAUACAGUGUGAUCUGUAAAUAGUGAGAAUUGGCACGCAAUAUAAUGAGGAGAACUCGCUGGAGAAUUAGUAAUAGCAGGCACAUUAUCCUAAGUCAAAUAUGAAGUGGGAAGUCUUCAAAGUAAAGAAGCCUUCUUACACUUGAAAGGCAAAGAAAGACCAAAAAAAUUGUGCAGAUGGAAGUAAAAACUAAUUCCACCACAUUUCUGUACACAUAAACAUCAUCCUAUAUAUUGUGUAAAUAACAGAAUUUUGUAAAAAAACAAAACAAAACAAAAACAGAAUUCAUCUUUCUGUAUUUUCAUAAAAUAGAUGUAUUUUAUAUAAUCUAAGUCAACGCCACUUCUGUUUUAUUCAUUAGGUAAUUAAUUGAUUCCUCUACAUUGAUGAUUGAUGUGUCUACUACAACGUUAAUAUACUUUACUUUCACCACAACUAAUAAAUAAACAAUAAUAAACAGAAAUCAGGAUAUCUGUACCGUUGUGUUUAUGAGUGCUAUCUACGUAGAAUACAUUUAAUGCAAAUUAAUAUUACUUUAAAAUCCAAUCAUGCUUUAUUUUAGUAGAAAAAAAGAUCUGGCAUAUUGAAUUAUGUUUAUGAAAAUUGAUAGCAUUGUCCCAAAGAGCAAAAAAAAAAUGUCUUAAAAAAUAUCUAAAAUAAUAUUUUGCUAUUUAGGGUCUGCGUGUGCAAAUGAUGUUAACAAUACCACGGAGUGGAUCAGUAGAAAUUUCGGUAACUUCUCUACAAGUGCUUCUAUUUCUGAUUUCAUGGAACUGUAUCCAGAUCUCGAUAUUGUAAGUACGCUUAUGAGAAAUUUCUCAUCAUCAAACCAGAUUCAGUUCACUUUCAAAUAACAAUGAAUUGUUCCAUUCUCUUCCAGGGGGCUCUUCUUGGUCUUUUAAAUCCAGAUGAUGUGGCUAAACUCCUAAUAAACCCAGAUAAUCUUUUGAAUAGAACAUUCCUCAUCGAUAUCCUGAGUCUUAUCCAAUAUGAAGAGAUAUCACUAUAUGUAACUGCAAUCACAACAGCUGCAUCGAAGGUGACUACGUAUAUAAAUAUGGUUAUUAGAAGGUUGAAAAGCUUACAGUUCACCUAUCCUCAAUAAAAACGCCCAGUACUUCUUUAUAGGAUGAAUAUUUUAUUGUGAUGACUAUAAUGCUAGCUAAAUCAUGGUUUAUAGAAAUUACUUGAAAAGAGAGACUCCAGCUGCAUGGUGGCCUGUAAAUCCUAGUUUAGCUCACCAUAACAAGGCCAUUCUUGUAGGUGCUUCUGCUAAGUGGUUUCCCAGUUUAUGUAUCCCAGAAUUUUGAAAGAUUAUAGUUUCAUCAGACACUCAAACAACAGAGAAGUCACAGCUUUGCAAAAUCAUAAUUUAUAUGCUAAAUGAUUUACGUUGCCUUCUUUUUUACAGACAUUAACAGUGUGAUUAAAGAUUAUAAAUAUGAUGUGUAAUAAUUCUCCUGUGUCCAUCUUCAUAAUUAGGCUCACCUGGCAGAAUCCGAGAUCACCAUGGUGGAGGAAAUCUUUCUGGAGUCUGUUCUCCUUAAAAUAAAUGCCAACUUCUCAGAGUACAAGGCCGAAGACUGGAGGAACUUGUUCCAACAGUAUUUAUUAUUACUGCUUCCAAGCUUCAACCAAACUCUUCUUCAUCUUCUACCAACUGACAUUCCCUGCUCUUCAUACCAAGAAAUGUAUGUGUCAAGUAUCACGAGGGAAACUUGAGCAAGACAAAAGGCUGGCUAGCUGUCCGAUACAGUAUUAAUUGACACAGUUAUAUGACAUUCCCCCAUAAACACCAAUAAUUCUGAUACCCGUUAUACUGUAGCACAGAUACAUUUUAAAGGCAAUGCAGGUAAUGCAUAAAUCGAAGGGGGUAGAGUACGGUUAGCAUUUAGCUCUGAGGGCAAUACAUGAACUGGCUAGAACAUGGUUGAAAUUUAACACUGUAGGCCUUUUGAAUUUGAAUGUAACAGUCUAGAAGUUAUUUUUUUUUUUCAAACGUUGAUAUCUGCUUGUGUCAUUUUAGUGUAAAGGGAUUUAGCAUUGCAUAUGAAUCCCUUUCCAGUCAAACCAAAGAUGACGUCUUCCAGAAUUAUAUAAAGAAAUAUUUAUCUGGGCAUUCUCAGUCCACAGGUACGCUCCUUGUGUAUUGUUUAGUAUUCAUUAUUCAUCAUUUUUUUUUUAUAUUAAGGAUGAAUAAACUGAUAAAUUUGCUAAGGGGUUUCUUCCAUAAAUACAGAAUGGUGUCUUGUCACUAAACUGGGAAUUGUCAUGACUUCAGAAAUAAUUAAUUAAGAAAAAAAGGAGGGUUGCACUCAAUCACAAAAAUUAACACAGGGUGCACUGAGCAUGGGUCAGCAAACCCCAUACAAUCUACAUAAAUGAAAAAAAUCUCAGGAACUCACUGUGAUAUGUUCAAGGCAGUUUUUAUUGAAUCUGCAACGUUUCGACCUGUACCUAAGUCUUUAUCAAGUAUGAUAAAGAGUUGGGUAAAGGUCUGCAACGUUGCAGAUCCAAUAAAAAAUGCCUUGAAGAUAUCACAGUGAGUGCCUGAGAUUUUUUCAUUCAGAAACAAUUAAUAAUAUUUAUGGGAAAAAAACAAAGCUGGGAAAAGAAUAUUACAUCACAAAUUUCAUCCAAUGUGUCAAUUUCACAUACAUCAUAAAUUCACCGAAUAAGCACAUCAUAUUAUAAAGAUUAACCUCUAAUUAAGCAUUACCAAAAACUGUUACCAAAUAAUUUUUAUAAAGAUUAACCUCUAAUUAAGCAUUACCAAAAACUGUUACCAAAUUAUUCAUUUUGCCAUAUUACACAAAUUGUAUCAUGAUUUAUGCUUGCAUCAUUUCAGUAUAUCAUGAUACAAGAUAUCCUAUAGAUAUCUUUAAAUAUAUCCUCUGAAGAGGAUAUCCAUUCUUCCUAUACUUUUUAACUUAGAUUAGUCUGUUUGGCAUUUUUUUUAUUUCAGUGACAUACUUGCCUUAUAAAAUGUCAUUAUUAACAGUAAUAUAUAAAGAAAAAAAGUCACUUGCGCCUUUAAAUCAUCUGUCCGUAAUAAUUUCUCCCCAAAAAAUACCCUUUGUUUUCUUUAUUUUUAAGUUAUCGUUAUUCUUUACUUGCAUCUUAUAACUGGAAUCUUUCGUGUAACCCAAAAUGAUUUAGAUAAAUGAUGGAAAACCUAAAUAAACAAUGUUUGCUCAUUAAUUUUAGGCACUGCUUGUGAUGCCAGUGAUUACGCAACAUGGUUAGAGUUAAACAUUGGGAUGUUUUUCAACCAAACAUCCAUACAAGAUCUCAUUACUUUUAACGAGAACAUAGCAACAGUGAGUAUUUACAUCUCAGAAUACAACAAAUAUAUCUACUUAAAUGAAGAGGAGAGUAUCCUAAAAAUGACAACAAUAUAUAAGCACAUUUGUAUUUGAGCAUUAUGGCUACUUACUUUAAGCGCAGAUAGAUGAUCUAAUUCCACCGUAAAGACUUUUGAGAACGUGUUCUAGAAAUCUGUCUUGAUCUCUAUAUUGCUUUGAGUGACAUUAGAACCCUCCGUAACUCACUGCCUCACCGACUGAAUGCAUUAAUGGUGGUUAGUUCUUGGAAGCAGAUCAAAGCGACUAUGAUUCAAAGGGUUGGGAAUAGAGAAAUGUAAUUCUCUCCAAGCUAAAAAUCAUUACUGUAGCCUAAAGGAAGAGAAGUGGAACACAUUGUUAUGAUGGCAUACAUAUCGCUCCUAAAGGGAUUAAACUGUUUCAACACAUUUUUGUUUGGUGGUGGUGUUAUAAAAAACAAAAUAACAAUCAAGCUACCAAGUUGCUGCUGAAUAUCAAAUUUUUUUUGCAGAUUUUUAAAAAGUUUCAUUAUAAACGGAGGUAGAAAUUUAAAUGGUGACAUUUAUCUUGUCAAAAUCUUUCCUGAUUCAACAGCCACAAAUAUACUUCAAGAGAUAACCCUCAAAGGAUUCUAUGCAAUUUACAUUAUGUAAAAUAUUUGAUUAAAAAAAAGCAACUUCACGUGUUUUCUGUUAUUGCUCAGCCUUCUCGAAAAGAUUUGGUCUCCCUGUCUCAGAAAUAUGGAGGUCAAUGUCAAGACUCAAAGUUGAGUUGGUCUCAGAAGAAACUAUUACAGAAUAAUUUCUAAUAGAACUACAAAAAUUUAUUCUACUGCAAUCUGUAGAACUACUCCCAAAUUAAACUGCUCAGUUUGUAUUGGUACUGUAUAUUAUGUAUAGGUGUAAGUAAGGUUCUCUGAUCAUUGCCAUGUGUUCUAUUUUUGUGGUCUUCAGGUGGAAAACCUGGCGCUAAUCAGUGCUGCUGAUCUGGCUGACAUUACAUUUUUGGCAGAGUCGUUACAAAACACAACCUUGAGAGACAUUCUUGUGGAUCAGAUCAACAAAUUUGAAGACUGUUUAGCUGUGUUGCAAUAUCUUCUCAGGAUACAGAGCAUUAUUUGUCAAGUAAGAAAUAUUUGAAGCUUGUAAUAUUAAAAAAAGACAAGAGAAACAUAAGAAGUUGGAGUUUUCAGUUUCUACUACUUUAUUUGCUAACAUGAAGACCAAUUAUUUUGUUGGAUACGUCCAUUAAAAUAUGACCUUAAUAAUUAGCCUGAGUAUGCACAAGUCAACAUAAUGAAUGGAUAUAUUUGCUGCAAUUAAAUAUAUUAUGGACAAAGUGGUUUAUCUGAACUUUAACGAGCUGACCCAUAAUUCAUCGUUCCUAACUGAUUUUUGAGAUGCAGCUCAACAGAGAUGGGAAAAAGUAGUUUUGAAAUACAUUCAGGAUAAAAAUAGAAUGUGUUUCUAACAUAGAACAUUGAUUAUAAUAUGAUUAACAAAGUAUUUAACCAAGGGACGCAGUUUGUUUUUUUGCUAGUUUCCAAAUAUGUUCUGUGGCCAAAAUAUACUAUAUAAAAUUAUAUCAAUAUAUAAAAAAAGUCAAAAUGGUAUGAGGCACUACCAGUGGAUUCUCACUGGAUUACUAUUGCCUGCAAUUUUUUUUAUGUAUUUCAGUUAAAUUAUUCUUUUAAAGAAAUUAAUUUUGAAAUCAAAUGUUUUCUAGAAGGUGGAAAGUUAUUCCAACAACUCUUCGUGUGAUGAACACCAAAACCGGACUCAACUCUCUGUUGAAACACAAGAGAAGAUCAUUGACAAUAUAUUUGGAUUACUGAGCAAAAAAUGGAGUUGCCUGAAUGGGUCGAUUUGGCAGCAGAUUCUUAAGAUUAUCCUUAAAUAUUUCUCAGUUCUUCCAAAUGCCUCUCAGCUUUCUCAACUUCCUCUAAAUGUAUCUUGCGCAGAUUACCAAGCCAUGUAAGUAAUGUCAAUGCUUUCACAAAAAGAGAAAUGUGUGUGAACUGAUCUCAACGUGUCCUUUCAACUUUUUUAUCAUCAACAGAAUCCAAGAUCUGAACAGUGUGUAUACGAGGCUCAACAAAUCAGAAAUUUAUUCCAUAUAUACCUACUGCAAAUCAUUCCUUAGCACUCAGGUUACAUUAACAGGUAUUGUCAGGGUUUUAAGACUCCAUACCAAUGUCCUGGUUCAAUAACACAUUUCUAUAUACAUUUUUUUUCUACAGUUGUUUAUUUUGUUGUUUGUUACUUUCAUGGUCAUGGUCCUAAUUCUCAUUGUAAAUUUGUAUAACAUUUAUCGGCCAGGUUCAGCAUGUAACCCUGACAACAGCAACAGCAAAGAGUGGUUGCAAAGAAAUUGGGGAUUGUUCUUCAGAAAUUCAACAGUAACUGAAGUCACUGAUUUAAACCCCAGUCUUGACAUAGUAAGAAUUUUGUUUAUUUUUCUGUAAACAUUUUAAUAGAAAAAUAUUAAUUAAUAUAAGAAAUACUCUUUCUAUAUAUAUAAUAUGUUUGUUUUGUGUUCAUCAGGAUGACGUACUGGAAAUCUUGACACUGAGUGAUGUUGCUAUACUUUUAGCAAAACCCAAAGUCCUUAAAAAUGCUACUCUGCUAAGAAGUAUUUUUGCCAUAUUAGAUGCAGAAAAUAUUACAGACUAUGUGAAAAUGAUAACAGAGUCUGCAAAAAAGGUAUUGUUUCCAUGUCGUAUAUUCACAAAAUGACCUAUAACUUGCAUAGAAUCCUUGUCCUCACAUUUUUUAAUAUUACCUUCUACUCGUUUCAUAUGGGGUGGAGGAAGAUGGGGUGUUACUUGUCAAGACAGCCUUAAUCUGCAUUGUUAUUGGGAUAUUCAUUGUAGCAGAGCUCCCAGUACCGCGGCUGGGAACCUCUGCCAGGGGGUUGCUUCCUAGCUGGGACCCGGGGAAACGGAUAUGUGCCACUAGCUCUCUUAGUCCUUACAAGGUCUUUACCCGCUGCAUCCCCUGCAAGCUGGAACAGCAGACACAGGGGUUAAAUCUUCCUUCCCUCCAGUAACUAGACAAGACACAGUACUGAAGGUGCAAACACUGACUAUCUUGAUUUUGAACACACAGCUUUUAUGCACAGACCCCCACAGGGGGUCUCCACUCAGUACAACACAAUCCCAUGCAGGAGGGGGCUGGGUUACAGAUAGCCAUCUCCCGCUCGGGGAGAUACCAACAGCACAUACAGGUACACACAUUAAAACACAUAAACAUCUCAAAAGUACAAUUCCAAUUUCAAAAGGGGUUAAUUGGAUUGCAUGAAAUGCCCAAUCCCUCUUUUAAGCUUGGACUCCAGAAGAGCUAUUCUGUAGGGUGUGUGAAGUCACACUGACAUGUGCUGGAAGUCUUUUGAUAUGGUAAUGCUUAUAGAAUGUUAAUUCUAAAUAAAGAUAGGCAUCUGAAUGAGCUUUAGAUUAACAAUUUCAGCUGUGGCAACAUAACAUUUGCUAUGAUAGCCCAGGUCACAAAUUAUUCACAUAAGGCAAAUUUCGUAAUUUUUAACCACAGUGAAUUUAUAACAUAGAACAUAGAUUAUGAUACAAUUAACAAAGUAUUUGCUAGUUUCCAAGUAUGUUCCGUGACCAAUAUCUACUAUAUAAAAUUGUAUCUAUAUAUAUAAAAAAAUCAAAAUCUGAAAAUAUUUUUAAAAACCUGUUUUUCAAUUGGUUUGCUGCUUGACUAUGUUACAAAUCAAGCAAAUCUCUAUCUACACCUCCUCUCACUGUUCUUAAAAUGAAUAUGGUGCAUAUAUAUAUAAAAAAAUAAAUAGGAAACUGUAGAGAACAGAUUUAUGGGAUCUGUAGUCCAGCUAUCAUGAGUAUUUUCGUGUAUGAAAAACUUGGAAAUUUUAUAUUUAUCGCCAUGUGUUUUCAUGGGUGCAUGCAUCCACCAAACCAGUAAUAAACUUGUAUCCCCAAUGACAUUACAGAGUAAUGAGGGUAGAAUACCCAAAUCAUAGGAUGCAUUCUGCUAGUUAAAGCAUUGUAUUUGGCCCUAUAUCUUAAUACUAGAGUUUGCUUAAUACCACGACUUAGUGGUAUAUUUUGGAUGCUACCUUUCUACUAUCCUUUUUUGUCCACAUGUAACAUGCAUACACAAAGAAUACAAUGACAACAUAGAUGGAGCAGCUUAUACAAUUGUUCUGAUUAUUUCUUGAAAUAUCACUCUUAAUUCAUAUCUCAGAUUUGUUAACUGUUUUGAUAUGUCUCACAAUACUCUUAAGGCUAGAUGUAUUUAAAUUGUCUCAUACCAUUUUUGGCACUUGAUUGAACUGUGGUCUCUAAUACUGUCGUCCCCCCUUAGGUUAAUCUUUCAGAGAUUGAACUGACAGUAGUGAUGAUAAACUUACUGGACAUAAGCCUUCUCCAGCUCAGCUCCAAAUUCGAUUUUUUUGUAACAAAAAACUGGACAAACUUGUUCCAGACAGAUUUGGUUCUCUUGCUGAAUUAUUUCAACCAAACUUUUCUUCAACGUCUACCAACUGAAAUCUCCUGUUCUUCAUACCAGGAAAUGUAAGUCGUUCAUAUGAGACAACAAUGUCCGUCUUCAUUAGAUACAACCAUAAUAGUCUAUUGAUCAAAUACAGCACAAUAUUGAAAUAUGAUGUUAGGUGAGAGAUUGGGAUGUAUUCUAAUGUUUUAUACAUGUUUUAACAGAGUGAAAGGAUUUAGCCUCGUUUUCACAUCUCUUUCAACAAAGACUAAAAAGGAUAUAUUCAAUUAUUUUAUUAAGAACUUUUUGAAUAAGCAGAAAGCGUCAACAGGUAAGUCAUAGUUUUAACUCCACUGUCUUUUUUAACCUCUUUAUUUCUCUUAUUGAUUAAUUAUAUAGAUAACUACUGUUCUUCUUUUACAUUUUGUGAAGUUGCAGUGCCAUUGUUUACCACGUGACAAUGGGAAUUAUAACAUGGCUGUUUUUCAUUGCUGUCAGCUAAAUCUCUAUAUAAAGAUUGAGUUAUAGAAAAAAUAAGAGCAAUGCAGGUGUGAAAAAAAGCAUCAAAGCAGUCUUUCACUCACACACACAGUAGGUUUGAGAGAAUUUUGAGAAAGCAUAGACACUAGCCCAGAAGUAGGCAACCUUCUACACUCAUAUCAGACAAUGCUCCUACAGCCAUAAGGCUGGGAAAGCAUCAGGGGAGAUGUCCACAACAUCUGGAGUGCCAAUAGUUGUGAACUCCUGCACUAGACUCAUGUCUCCAGUCUUCCAAAUGAUUCAAAGCCUUCUUUUAAGCAAUAUACUUUGCUGGACUGCAUAGUGAUGAAGGAGCGCUCCAAGUCUGAUUCUGUGAUACCAUCUUGAAUGAAAGAGAGGCCUGGUGGUAAGAUGUCUCGGAGGCUCAAUGUCCCAAUGGCCUCCAAACAAAAAGAAUCCUACAUUUAUUCCCUGGAUAUAUUUUUUUAAUGUCUAAUGUCAAAUGGUAACUGACCAAAGAAAUUGUUCUUUUUUGUCCCUGUAUCUUGUCAAAAAACUUACAAUAAAGCACACUGAUAUAUUUAUCAAGAAACACAGAAUAGGCAUUCAAAAUCCACACUAAUAAAUGCAAAGUUCUGUGAAACAAACAUCGAAGAAAAUAUAAUGUGCAUCUUUGGCACACGCUGGUGAUGAAAUUAUAGUGGGGAAGGUUUCAAAUGAAAAUGGCAAUACUCCUAUUUAUAUACACAUUAAACAGAAUGUUGUUUUUUGAGACCAAUGCAAAUAUAAUGUCUAUCUCUAUCAUUUCCUUAGGUUCAACUUGUGUUUCUGGCACAACUAACUUUGAAGAGUGGAGGACAUGGAAUUUUGGUUUAUUUUCUGAAUUUGCCACCAUUUAUAAUUUUAUUAACUUCUAUACAGGGUUUGACGCAGUAAGUAACUCACAAAACCACACAUAAUUGUCAUGCUUUUUACAUAGAUAUAUUUGUUUCUCAAGACAAAUAAUGGUGUUUUGGGAAAAAUGAACAAACACUGGAUUGUAUUUCUUUCUCUCAGGGUGACCUACCACCAAAUGAUGCAGCUUCCAUAUUGAUUCAAAAAGAUGUUCUUUCUAACCAUGCUUUGCUGGAGUCAUUUUUAAGUGGUAUUGAGCCAGCAAAUAUUACGGAAUAUGUCAACGCUUUCACUUCUGCAGCAAUACAGGUACAGGAUACAAUAAGUAGGUUUCACCUUACUGGAAUCACACAUUUACACUUAUCAACCACUAUAUAUUUACUUAUAUAAAAAUGUAACAGAGUGUAAAAGAUAUCCUGGGUGAUGUAUUACUAAAACAACUGGUUUUCCUUUUAGGCCAAUCUUUCAGAGGUCCAAAUAACGUUUGUGAAGCAGACACUCCUGAAUAGAACUCUUGUGAAACUCAGCUCUUCAUUCUCUAUUUAUGAAACAUACAACUGGACAGUCUUGUUCCAGACAGAUUUAGUUAUUUUGCUGCCGUACUUUAACCAAACUCUUCUUCAGCUUCUGCCAACUGACAUAUCCUGCUCUUCAUACCAAGAAAUGUAAGUCUCACCAUUUACAUUUACCUUGUAAAAUAAUACCUUUUGUAGAUGCAUAGACGUGAUAAUUCAUUAAUCUAACACGACAAUCAGAAAAGUUAAAGUACGAUACUUAUGGCUUUUAUUGUCUUUGGAUUUAUUUUUUACCAGAGUGAAAGGAUUUAGCCUGGUUUUUGCAUCGCUUUUGGACCAGACAAAAGAAGAUAUAUUCACUUACUUUAUUCAGAGCUACAUGACUAUCCAGAUGUUUAACAAAGGUAUUGCAUUAAAAAACAAACAAAACAAAAUGCAUUUAAAUGGAAUAUAAAAACCACUUGACCUAUGGGGGACACUGUAUGUGGUAACUAAAGAUAAAGUCAUAAGGGAAUGUCUUGGAGCACAUACAAUGCAGUUUUUAGUAAGAAUAUCACGAUCAAGUAUAUCAACUAGUUUAAUUUCCAAGUAUCAAGUUGCUAUCGAUACAAUCACAUUCAUAUUUUCUCAUUUUCUCUCUGUCGCCAUUGUUUAAUUAGGCUCAGCUUGCAUUUCCGGCACAACUAAUUUUGAUCAGUGGAAAACACAAAAUUUCGGUGAAUUCUUCAUCUUUGCCACUAUAUUUGACUUCAUAAACUUCUACCCAGGCUUUGAUGCAGUAAGUAUCACACAGGACAUUAGUCUAUAUUUAGCAGACAUGAGAUGUGUUUCAACCUUAACAAAAAUAGUUUUGUAAAAACUAGGCAGACAUAUAAAAAAAAGUAUGAAGAAUUUAGGAAAGUGCUUUUUUCACUUUAGUAAAUUUCUAUCAGUUACGUAAAACUAUGAUCAGCAGAAACAUCCAAAUAGUUUGAUAAGCAGAUAAAAGUACAUUUUUAGAAAAACAUUACAUUUAUUGACAAGAGGAAAAAAAAUUGUGUUUCUAUUUCUUUUUUCCAGGGUGAUCUCUCACCAAAUGAUGCAGCCUCCAUACUUAUCCAAGCAGACUUUCGUUCUAAUCAAACCUUGCUGACAUCAUUUUUAAGUGGAAUAAAAUCACCAGAUAUUACAAAAUAUAUCAAAAGUUUCACAUCUGCAGCAAAACAGGUACAAUGUUACUGGUGUUGUUCCAAAAAAGACAACAUUUAAAAAAAAAAACUUGCCACAAUUUGGAAACAAUCUUUUUUCUCUCCAAUAUUAACUAUAUAUAUAUAUAUAUAUAUAUAUAUAUAUAUAUAUAUAUAAUAACUGUUACAUUCUUGAAUAUUCUGUUACUCCAUAAAUUGCAUCCAGACAUUGUUAAAAAUCUGUAUAAAACUAGAGAAUUCGAUUAAACAUUGUUCUUACUGUAAAGGAAUUUUCAUUAGCACUAGGUAAAAUCUCCCAUAUUAGAAUCUAAACUGGUUACCUGAUCUUUUCUUUUUUGCACAGCCCGAUUAAAGAAAAUAUAAUUUAUUCUGCCACUUUAUAUAUUUGUGUAAUAUUGUCAUAUCCCUCCGAUAAACGAUUUUUAAAGUAAACAAGUUUAUUUUCUAGUCUUUCUUCAAAACUAAAAUCUCCCUUUACCCGUAUUACAUUUGUAGCCUACCUCUCUUUCUAGAUCAAUGACAUUCUUCUUUAAAACAGGUGCCCAAAAUUGGGCCACAUAUUCAAAGCAGAGUCUUUCCAUUGGUUUAUAAAGAGUCAAGACCAUAUGUGGUAUCCCAUAAAUGUAUAUGCCUCUUUAUGCAUGGCAGUACCUUGCUUGCUUUAUCAACUGCUACCUGACAUUGCACACUGUUACUUAGUCUUGUGCAACAACAGCUGCAGAAGUUUCAAGAUGAUGGGAAUACCCCAGAAUAUUGACUGCCAACCCAAUGUACCCCUUAACCCUCGACCUGAUAAGACAUAAUUCCCCGUUUAACAACAUAAGCUGAAACAUAAACAGAUUAUUGAAACAAAUAUUGCUUUAAACAGGACAAACACUGUACCCUAAGCUUUUAGGGUGUAAAGACGGCCAAUGCAGAGAAAAUGGGUGAAGUUAUGAAUCCACACAGAGAUGACAUGUCAUUUCUGAAACUUAUACACACAGAAAAUAACUUGUUUCACCCCCCCCCCCCAAAAAAAAGAUAUAACCUUGACAUGAUUAGUUAACAAGGCCCAAAACCACUUCCAGUUUUCAAUCAACGGCAGGAGCCAUGCAAAAUUUGUUUUCCUAAAUUUUCAUUAGUCUUCACACAGCUCAACCUGACCUAUAGUUCAACCUCCACAAGUAUAUUGCUCAUAAUUAUUUCCAACUAUGUCGUAUUAUUUUAUUUAGCUCAAUGCCAUUUAGUGUUUAAUUGCUGUGUACCUUUCUCAUCUCAAAAUGCAUUACAUUGCAUUUCUCUACAUUAAAAUGUGUCUGAUACUUCCCUGCUCAUCUGCUAAUUUGUCCACAUUUCUACGUAACACAAUAAUGUCAUACUCACACUGAAUAAGCUUAUCUAGUUUAGAGUAAUCUCUAAACACAUGACUGCCAAAUUAAUGCUUCUGAAAGCUGAUGAAGACUAACAAUCAUGAUAUAUAACUAACAAUAAUUAACUUACUCCAAAUUGUAAUACAAUCAAUAUUUAGACAUAAACUAUCAUCAAAAUACAUUUAUUUUGCAUUCUUUUCCAAUCUUUUAGAAAUUCAAAUAACAGUGAAGGAAUUUAUUUUAGAGAAAUCUCUUGUAAAAAUAAAUUCUUUAUUCAUUUUAUUUAUGUAGCUCAAUCAUUAAACUAUAAUGAUAUUUAUAGUUUAUACUUUAAAAGAUAUCCAGGCAGCAUCUUUUAUUAAAAAACUUUAUCUUUGCAGGCCAAUCUUUCAGAAGUUCAAAUAACAUCAGUGAAGGAAACGCUGUUGGAGUUAACCCUGGUGAAACUCAAUUCUUCAUUCACUACAUUUGAAACACAAAAUUGGACAAUCUUGUUCCAAACAGAUUUGGUUAUCUUGCUUCCCUAUUUUACUCCAACUUUACUGAAAAUUCUACCAACUGACAUCUCCUGCUCUUCAUACCAGGAAAUGUAAGUGUUACCUUUCUUGUGGCCUUUAACAAAACUGCCCUCUAUAAGUGCAAAAACAAUAGCAUGUAUUCAUCCUGCACUGCAACCAUCAAACAUUAAUUGGUAGAAAGUCAUCUAAAAACAUGAAUCAUCAUCUUUACUUUUGUUUUUUCAUUUUAUCUUAACAGCAUUAAAGGAUUUAAUGCCGCUUUUACAUCACUUUCGAAACAGACAAAAGAGGAUAUUUUCAACAUCUUCAUUAUAGGCUACCUAACCGAAGCAAAAUCAUCCACAGGUAUGUCAAGAAAUCUCUUACAGCCAAAAUGAAGUAGAAAGAAAAGAUAUCUUAGCCAAAGAUGUCACAAAUCUUUCUUCCAUUCCAGCCCGACUUGCGCCAAGCUCUUUCCAUCUAGAUAUUUAUUGUGUCAAAAUAUGUCACUGACAACAACUUGAGUCCUUCUAAAUGUGGAGGUAUUUAUGGGAUAAUAAUAGUAACAGUGAGAAUUGCCCACUAAUUCAAUUCUCAGAUCCCAAAGAACGUUUAUCGUGUUAAGUGAGAAGUAUAUCAUAUAAAUAAUAUUAAAAUUUUAUUAUAAAAAUAGAUUUUAUUUUUAAUAACAAAUUAAUUAAUAAUAACAUGUAACAUGCAUGACAAUAAUCAAUGAAUAUCCAGUAUAAAAUGGUAUGCAAUACAAAGGAAUGGCUAUAUACGUUUCAAUGGCUUAAACAGCAUUAUCUGUCAAGACUUUGACGAUUUAUGACUAUCUUUCCUUAACACAGAGAGAAAGCGAAACUUUUCACAGCAGCGAAGGGCCAUAAAACCCUGGCUAACAGUUAGAAUAACCCUUUCAAUGCUGGCUAGAUCUCCUAGGUAGUUAAGAUCUAUUCUUAUGUAAUUUUAAAUAAAAUAACAUUUAAACCAGUUCAUUAGUCAUUUCCUGGAACCAUCCAAUAAGAGAAUCUACCAUAUUUUAUAAGCAGAGUUUGUUUUUAAUUUGUCUAAAAGAUAUCUUAUCUUAAUUUAGAGCAAAUCAAUACACCUGGAUAAAAACAACGGUAUGCUAACACGUGAUAAUAUCACAUCAAUAUAUAAUUAUUCUUAAUUCCACCUGCAGAAUGGAAUGUUUAUAACUAUAUAUUCUUUAGUUAACUAAGAUUUCUUAAUAUGGAAAUCUGACCGUGCUUUAUCCAGUCAUAUAUAAUGCUAUUAAUACAUUUUAAUUAAUUUAAUUAAUUAAAUGAAACCAGUAUAAUUACCAGUUGAGUAGAUAUUUCAUCCGAUUGGUAGUCUCAGGAACUUAUUUGGAUGUCUCUCUGCAUGGAGUUAUGGUGAAAGGUGGUGUUGGUUAAAAAGCCAGUGAAAUUCUAAGUGUUAGAGUUUUAAGAGUAGAGUUUUAGUCUCAGAUGUUGUCCGAGUUGGAGUCCCCAAACUUCCAAUUCCUCCUCUCUCUUUUUCCUUCUCCUUUGCAUUUCCUAUCUUCCCUUUGUCUUAACUUUUAAAGGGCCAGACUCUCUGUACGUCAUCAGUUGAUAGCCCAAUAGAAGCACUAGAGGUGUGGUUAUCUUCCAGAUCACAAUUUAGUUAUUUGGUCUAUAGCGGGCAGUCUUGUCCCACUAAACAUACCUAUCCAGGAAAGAGUUAACUUUUCUGGUUGGCUAUUUUGACGUCAUUUUGCGUUAUCUUUAUAGUGCCAUAAUUUAAAAUUUCAAAGGGUUUCUUUAAGUUUUGUCCAGACUAUGUGUCUGGCAAAUCUGCUAUAAUUUCUGAUAUGGCAGAUCAUGAACUAAGUUUACCCUUUUCCAUACAAUGGUACCUUAUAUAUAUAUAGACAGUAAAAUUAAAUUAUUUAAUCUUCUCUGUCACAAAUGUCUGGGUUUAGAUUUGAUUAUAUUCCAGUAGCAUUAGACAGUCUGUCCAACCCCCGUUUCUGCUUAUCACUUGUUUAUACUAUGCAUUCCUUUAGCUCUGGGAAAGUGGUUAGUUUACAGAUAGAAAUCUUGUGUCUUUUUGUUAACUUGAAAAUAACAAAAUGGAGUCUGGUCUGUUCAAAGUGACUCAGAAUAUACACUUUUAAUUUCUAUCAUAGCACAAAAUGUCUGCCGAUAUAAAUACUCUGACAUAAACCAAUCUUGAUCAUAUCUCCCCUGAACUCACCAAUUGCACUUGUAGAUUCUCUCUUUAGGGUGACCUUGCCUAGUUCACUAAUCAGUCAAAAGUUAUCAUCUUAAGAUAUCUUACCGUGAUAUCAAUUUGUUUCAUUCACUUUGAUGAAUUGUUCUUGUACUUCCAGAUAAAAAUCAAUGAACUACAUUACAGAUAGUCACCAAUCAGUAAAACAAACUUUUUGGUGAAAAUGAUCAAUAAAACAUUUCCCACGUUUUACCAGUUGGGUUGUGCCUCUCUCUUACUCACCAGAUACACUUCAUAGCAUAAAACUUUGGUGUUAAAAUGCUCCGAUUGUUGUUUUUCCUCCCUAUGCCACUCGGCUAAAUUGGUGGCAAAUUAACCUGUUAGUGAAAUGACAACAGAAUAAUUUUGGGAGAUUCUGUUGUUGGAAAUUGUUGGCAUUUAGUCUUUCCUAUCUUAUCUUAAAAGUUUGAAAAUAUGUUCUCCCUCUUUAUUUCAUUGAUUAGGUUCAGCUUGUGUUUCUGGAAGCAUGUCUUAUGAGGCGUGGAUAUCAUUGACUUUUGGGGACUUUUACUACCUUGCGUCCAUCGAUGUCUUGACACAUUUCAACGCACAUUUUGUUCCUGUAAGUAACUAAUAAGACAACAGUCCUUACACUCUUCUAGGUUUGACAAAACAAUAGAUUUUUUUUCCGAUAUUUCUUUCUUUGAUAAAAUCAAUACAAACUGGAAUAUUUUGUUUGCAUUCUCAGGAAGAUCUGCCUGUCAAUGUAACUGCCAGCUUAUUGGUCCAAGAAGAUGUCUUCACUAACCAAACUUUGGUGACCUCAAUUUUAAGUGGAGUACAACUAACAAGUAUCACUGAAUUUGUAAACAUCUUCACGUCUUCAGCAAUACAGGUACGGGGCUAGAAAAAAUAGCCGCUAUUUAACUUGUAGUAAACAAUUAAACAAUACUAUGCAACCAUAAACUCAUUCUGCAUUUAGCAAACAAUAAUAAAAAUUAUUUGAGAGAUAUCCAGGCAGCAUCUUUUAUUAAAAAAACUUUAUCUUUGCAGGCCAAUCUUUCAGAAGUUCAAAUAACAUCAGUGAAGGAAACGCUGUUGGAGUUAACCCUGGUGAAACUCAAUUCUUCAUUCACUACAUUUGAAACACAAAAUUGGACAAUCUUGUUCCAAACAGAUUUGGUUAUCUUGCUUCCCUAUUUUACUCCAACUUUACUGAAAAUUCUACCAACUGACAUCUCCUGCUCUUCAUACCAGGAAAUGUAAGUGUUACCUUUCUUGUGGCCUUUAACAAAACUGCCCUCUAUAAGUGCAAAAACAAUAGCAUGUAUUCAUCCUGCACUGCAACCAUCAAACAUUAAUUGGUAGAAAGUCAUCUAAAAACAUGAAUCGUCAUCUUUACUUUUGUUUUUUCAUUUUAUCUUAACAGCAUUAAAGGAUUUAAUGCCGUUUUUACAUCACUUUCGAAACAGACAAAAGAGGAUAUUUUCAACAUCUUCAUUAUAGGCUACCUAACCGAAGCAAAAUCAUCCACAGGUAUGUCAAGAAAUCUCUUACAGCCAAAAUGAAGUAGAAAGAAAAGAUAUCCUAGCCAAAGAUGUCACAUAUAUUUCUUCCAUUCCAGCCCGACUUGCGCCAAGCUCUUUCCAUCUAGAUAUUUAUUGUGUCAAAAUAUGUCACUGGCAACAACUUGAGUCCUUCUAAACCAAACUUGAUCAUAUCUCCCCUGAACUCACCAAUUGCACUUGUAGAUUCUCUCUUUAGGGUGACCUUGCCUAGUUCACUAAUCAGUCAAAAGUUAUCAUCUUAAGAUGUCUUACCGUGAUAUCAAUUUGUUUCAUUCACUUUGAUGAAUUGUUCUUGUACUUCCAGAUAAAAAUCAAUGAACUACAUUACAGAUAGUCACCAAUCAGUAAAACAAACUUUUUGGUGAAAAUGAUCAAUAAAAACAUUUCCCACGUUUUACCAGUUGGGUUGUGCCUCUCUCUUACUCACCAGAUACACUUCAUAGCAUAAAACUUUGGUGUUAAAAUGCUCCGAUUGUUGUUUUUCCUCCCUAUGCCACUCGGCUAAAUUGGUGGCAAAUUAACCUGUUAGUGAAAUGACAACAGAAUAAUUUUGGGAGAUUCUGUUGUUGGAAAUUGUUGGCAUUUAGUCUUUCCUAUCUUAUCUUAAAAGUUUGAAAAUAUGUUCUCCCUCUUUAUUUCAUUGAUUAGGUUCAGCUUGUGUUUCUGGAAGCAUGUCUUAUGAGGCGUGGAUAUCAUUGACUUUUGGGGACUUUUACUACCUUGCGUCCAUCGAUGUCUUGACACAUUUCAACGCACAUUUUGUUCCUGUAAGUAACUAAUAAGACAACAGUCCUUACACUCUUCUAGGUUUGACAAAACAAUAGAUUUUUUUUCCGAUAUUUCUUUCUUUGAUAAAAUCAAUACAAACUGGAAUAUUUUGUUUGCAUUCUCAGGAAGAUCUGCCUGUCAAUGUAACUGCCAGCUUAUUGGUCCAAGAAGAUGUCUUCACUAACCAAACUUUGGUGACCUCAAUUUUAAGUGGAGUACAACUAACAAGUAUCACUGAAUUUGUAAACAUCUUCACGUCUUCAGCAAUACAGGUACGGGGCUAGAAAAAAUAGCCGCUAUUUAACUUGUAGUAAACAAUUAAACAAUACUAUGCAACCAUAAACUCAUUCUGCAUUUAGCAAACAAUAAUAAAAAUUAUUUGAGAGAUAUCCAGGCAGCAUCUUUUAUUAAAAAAACUUUAUCUUUGCAGGCCAAUCUUUCAGAAGUUCAAAUAACAUCAGUGAAGGAAACGCUGUUGGAGUUAACCCUGGUGAAACUCAAUUCUUCAUUCACUACAUUUGAAACACAAAAUUGGACAAUCUUGUUCCAAACAGAUUUGGUUAUCUUGCUUCCCUAUUUUACUCCAACUUUACUGAAAAUUCUACCAACUGACAUCUCCUGCUCUUCAUACCAGGAAAUGUAAGUGUUACCUUUCUUGUGGCCUUUAACAAAACUGCCCUCUAUAAGUGCAAAAACAAUAGCAUGUAUUCAUCCUGCACUGCAACCAUCAAACAUUAAUUGGUAGAAAGUCAUCUAAAAACAUGAAUCGUCAUCUUUACUUUUGUUUUUUCAUUUUAUCUUAACAGCAUUAAAGGAUUUAAUGCCGUUUUUACAUCACUUUCGAAACAGACAAAAGAGGAUAUUUUCAACAUCUUCAUUAUAGGCUACCUAACCGAAGCAAAAUCAUCCACAGGUAUGUCAAGAAAUCUCCUACAGCCAAAAUGAAGUAGAAAGAAAAGAUAUCCUAGCCAAAGAUGUCACAUAUAUUUCUUCCAUUCCAGCCCGACUUGCGCCAAGCUCUUUCCAUCUAGAUAUUUAUUGUGUCAAAAUAUGUCACUGGCAACAACUUGAGUCCUUCUAAACCAAACUUGAUCAUAUCUCCCCUGAACUCACCAAUUGCACUUGUAGAUUCUCUCUUUAGGGUGACCUUGCCUAGUUCACUAAUCAGUCAAAAGUUAUCAUCUUAAGAUGUCUUACCGUGAUAUCAAUUUGUUUCAUUCACUUUGAUGAAUUGUUCUUGUACUUCCAGAUAAAAAUCAAUGAACUACAUUACAGAUAGUCACCAAUCAGUAAAACAAACUUUUUGGUGAAAAUGAUCAAUAAAACAUUUCCCACGUUUUACCAGUUGGGUUGUGCCUCUCUCUUACUCACCAGAUACACUUCAUAGCAUAAAACUUUGGUGUUAAAAUGCUCCGAUUGUUGUUUUUCCUCCCUAUGCCACUCGGCUAAAUUGGUGGCAAAUUAACCUGUUAGUGAAAUGACAACAGAAUAAUUUUGGGAGAUUCUGUUGUUGGAAAUUGUUGGCAUUUAGUCUUUCCUAUCUUAUCUUAAAAGUUUGAAAAUAUGUUCUCCCUCUUUAUUUCAUUGAUUAGGUUCAGCUUGUGUUUCUGGAAGCAUGUCUUAUGAGGCGUGGAUAUCAUUGACUUUUGGGGACUUUUACUACCUUGCGUCCAUCGAUGUCUUGACACAUUUCAACGCACAUUUUGUUCCUGUAAGUAACUAAUAAGACAACAGUCCUUACACUCUUCUAGGUUUGACAAAACAAUAGAUUUUUUUUCCGAUAUUUCUUUCUUUGAUAAAAUCAAUACAAACUGGAAUAUUUUGUUUGCAUUCUCAGGAAGAUCUGCCUGUCAAUGUAACUGCCAGCUUAUUGGUCCAAGAAGAUGUCUUCACUAACCAAACUUUGGUGACCUCAAUUUUAAGUGGAGUACAACUAACAAGUAUCACUGAAUUUGUAAACAUCUUCACGUCUUCAGCAAUACAGGUACGGGGCUAGAAAAAAUAGCCGCUAUUUAACUUGUAGUAAACAAUUAAACAAUACUAUGCAACCAUAAACUCAUUCUGCAUUUAGCAAACAAUAAUAAAAAUUAUUUGAGAGAUAUCCAGGCAGCAUCUUUUAUUAAAAAAACUUUAUCUUUGCAGGCCAAUCUUUCAGAAGUUCAAAUAACAUCAGUGAAGGAAACGCUGUUGGAGUUAACCCUGGUGAAACUCAAUUCUUCAUUCACUACAUUUGAAACACAAAAUUGGACAAUCUUGUUCCAAACAGAUUUGGUUAUCUUGCUUCCCUAUUUUACUCCAACUUUACUGAAAAUUCUACCAACUGACAUCUCCUGCUCUUCAUACCAGGAAAUGUAAGUGUUACCUUUCUUGUGGCCUUUAACAAAACUGCCCUCUAUAAGUGCAAAAACAAUAGCAUGUAUUCAUCCUGCACUGCAACCAUCAAACAUUAAUUGGUAGAAAGUCAUCUAAAAACAUGAAUCGUCAUCUUUACUUUUGUUUUUUCAUUUUAUCUUAACAGCAUUAAAGGAUUUAAUGCCGUUUUUACAUCACUUUCGAAACAGACAAAAGAGGAUAUUUUCAACAUCUUCAUUAUAGGCUACCUAACCGAAGCAAAAUCAUCCACAGGUAUGUCAAGAAAUCUCUUACAGCCAAAAUGAAGUAGAAAGAAAAGAUAUCCUAGCCAAAGAUGUCACAUAUAUUUCUUCCAUUCCAGCCCGACUUGCGCCAAGCUCUUUCCAUCUAGAUAUUUAUUGUGUCAAAAUAUGUCACUGGCAACAACUUGAGUCCUUCUAAACCAAACUUGAUCAUAUCUCCCCUGAACUCACCAAUUGCACUUGUAGAUUCUCUCUUUAGGGUGACCUUGCCUAGUUCACUAAUCAGUCAAAAGUUAUCAUCUUAAGAUGUCUUACCGUGAUAUCAAUUUGUUUCAUUCACUUUGAUGAAUUGUUCUUGUACUUCCAGAUAAAAAUCAAUGAACUACAUUACAGAUAGUCACCAAUCAGUAAAACAAACUUUUUGGUGAAAAUGAUCAAUAAAAACAUUUCCCACGUUUUACCAGUUGGGUUGUGCCUCUCUCUUACUCACCAGAUACACUUCAUAGCAUAAAACUUUGGUGUUAAAAUGCUCCGAUUGUUGUUUUUCCUCCCUAUGCCACUCGGCUAAAUUGGUGGCAAAUUAACCUGUUAGUGAAAUGACAACAGAAUAAUUUUGGGAGAUUCUGUUGUUGGAAAUUGUUGGCAUUUAGUCUUUCCUAUCUUAUCUUAAAAGUUUGAAAAUAUGUUCUCCCUCUUUAUUUCAUUGAUUAGGUUCAGCUUGUGUUUCUGGAAGCAUGUCUUAUGAGGCGUGGAUAUCAUUGACUUUUGGGGACUUUUACUACCUUGCGUCCAUCGAUGUCUUGACACAUUUCAACGCACAUUUUGUUCCUGUAAGUAACUAAUAAGACAACAGUCCUUACACUCUUCUAGGUUUGACAAAACAAUAGAUUUUUUUUCCGAUAUUUCUUUCUUUGAUAAAAUCAAUACAAACUGGAAUAUUUUGUUUGCAUUCUCAGGAAGAUCUGCCUGUCAAUGUAACUGCCAGCUUAUUGGUCCAAGAAGAUGUCUUCACUAACCAAACUUUGGUGACCUCAAUUUUAAGUGGAGUACAACUAACAAGUAUCACUGAAUUUGUAAACAUCUUCACGUCUUCAGCAAUACAGGUACGGGGCUAGAAAAAAUAGCCGCUAUUUAACUUGUAGUAAACAAUUAAACAAUACUAUGCAACCAUAAACUCAUUCUGCAUUUAGCAAACAAUAAUAAAAAUUAUUUGAGAGAUAUCCAGGCAGCAUCUUUUAUUAAAAAAACUUUAUCUUUGCAGGCCAAUCUUUCAGAAGUUCAAAUAACAUCAGUGAAGGAAACGCUGUUGGAGUUAACCCUGGUGAAACUCAAUUCUUCAUUCACUACAUUUGAAACACAAAAUUGGACAAUCUUGUUCCAAACAGAUUUGGUUAUCUUGCUUCCCUAUUUUACUCCAACUUUACUGAAAAUUCUACCAACUGACAUCUCCUGCUCUUCAUACCAGGAAAUGUAAGUGUUACCUUUCUUGUGGCCUUUAACAAAACUGCCCUCUAUAAGUGCAAAAACAAUAGCAUGUAUUCAUCCUGCACUGCAACCAUCAAACAUUAAUUGGUAGAAAGUCAUCUAAAAACAUGAAUCGUCAUCUUUACUUUUGUUUUUUCAUUUUAUCUUAACAGCAUUAAAGGAUUUAAUGCCGUUUUUACAUCACUUUCGAAACAGACAAAAGAGGAUAUUUUCAACAUCUUCAUUAUAGGCUACCUAACCGAAGCAAAAUCAUCCACAGGUAUGUCAAGAAAUCUCUUACAGCCAAAAUGAAGUAGAAAGAAAAGAUAUCCUAGCCAAAGAUGUCACAUAUAUUUCUUCCAUUCCAGCCCGACUUGCGCCAAGCUCUUUCCAUCUAGAUAUUUAUUGUGUCAAAAUAUGUCACUGGCAACAACUUGAGUCCUUCUAAACCAAACUUGAUCAUAUCUCCCCUGAACUCACCAAUUGCACUUGUAGAUUCUCUCUUUAGGGUGACCUUGCCUAGUUCACUAAUCAGUCAAAAGUUAUCAUCUUAAGAUGUCUUACCGUGAUAUCAAUUUGUUUCAUUCACUUUGAUGAAUUGUUCUUGUACUUCCAGAUAAAAAUCAAUGAACUACAUUACAGAUAGUCACCAAUCAGUAAAACAAACUUUUUGGUGAAAAUGAUCAAUAAAAACAUUUCCCACGUUUUACCAGUUGGGUUGUGCCUCUCUCUUACUCACCAGAUACACUUCAUAGCAUAAAACUUUGGUGUUAAAAUGCUCCGAUUGUUGUUUUUCCUCCCUAUGCCACUCGGCUAAAUUGGUGGCAAAUUAACCUGUUAGUGAAAUGACAACAGAAUAAUUUUGGGAGAUUCUGUUGUUGGAAAUUGUUGGCAUUUAGUCUUUCCUAUCUUAUCUUAAAAGUUUGAAAAUAUGUUCUCCCUCUUUAUUUCAUUGAUUAGGUUCAGCUUGUGUUUCUGGAAGCAUGUCUUAUGAGGCGUGGAUAUCAUUGACUUUUGGGGACUUUUACUACCUUGCGUCCAUCGAUGUCUUGACACAUUUCAACGCACAUUUUGUUCCUGUAAGUAACUAAUAAGACAACAGUCCUUACACUCUUCUAGGUUUGACAAAACAAUAGAUUUUUUUUCCGAUAUUUCUUUCUUUGAUAAAAUCAAUACAAACUGGAAUAUUUUGUUUGCAUUCUCAGGAAGAUCUGCCUGUCAAUGUAACUGCCAGCUUAUUGGUCCAAGAAGAUGUCUUCACUAACCAAACUUUGGUGACCUCAAUUUUAAGUGGAGUACAACUAACAAGUAUCACUGAAUUUGUAAACAUCUUCACGUCUUCAGCAAUACAGGUACGGGGCUAGAAAAAAUAGCCGCUAUUUAACUUGUAGUAAACAAUUAAACAAUACUAUGCAACCAUAAACUCAUUCUGCAUUUAGCAAACAAUAAUAAAAAUUAUUUGAGAGAUAUCCAGGCAGCAUCUUUUAUUAAAAAAACUUUAUCUUUGCAGGCCAAUCUUUCAGAAGUUCAAAUAACAUCAGUGAAGGAAACGCUGUUGGAGUUAACCCUGGUGAAACUCAAUUCUUCAUUCACUACAUUUGAAACACAAAAUUGGACAAUCUUGUUCCAAACAGAUUUGGUUAUCUUGCUUCCCUAUUUUACUCCAACUUUACUGAAAAUUCUACCAACUGACAUCUCCUGCUCUUCAUACCAGGAAAUGUAAGUGUUACCUUUCUUGUGGCCUUUAACAAAACUGCCCUCUAUAAGUGCAAAAACAAUAGCAUGUAUUCAUCCUGCACUGCAACCAUCAAACAUUAAUUGGUAGAAAGUCAUCUAAAAACAUGAAUCGUCAUCUUUACUUUUGUUUUUUCAUUUUAUCUUAACAGCAUUAAAGGAUUUAAUGCCGUUUUUACAUCACUUUCGAAACAGACAAAAGAGGAUAUUUUCAACAUCUUCAUUAUAGGCUACCUAACCGAAGCAAAAUCAUCCACAGGUAUGUCAAGAAAUCUCUUACAGCCAAAAUGAAGUAGAAAGAAAAGAUAUCCUAGCCAAAGAUGUCACAUAUAUUUCUUCCAUUCCAGCCCGACUUGCGCCAAGCUCUUUCCAUCUAGAUAUUUAUUGUGUCAAAAUAUGUCACUGGCAACAACUUGAGUCCUUCUAAACCAAACUUGAUCAUAUCUCCCCUGAACUCACCAAUUGCACUUGUAGAUUCUCUCUUUAGGGUGACCUUGCCUAGUUCACUAAUCAGUCAAAAGUUAUCAUCUUAAGAUGUCUUACCGUGAUAUCAAUUUGUUUCAUUCACUUUGAUGAAUUGUUCUUGUACUUCCAGAUAAAAAUCAAUGAACUACAUUACAGAUAGUCACCAAUCAGUAAAACAAACUUUUUGGUGAAAAUGAUCAAUAAAAACAUUUCCCACGUUUUACCAGUUGGGUUGUGCCUCUCUCUUACUCACCAGAUACACUUCAUAGCAUAAAACUUUGGUGUUAAAAUGCUCCGAUUGUUGUUUUUCCUCCCUAUGCCACUCGGCUAAAUUGGUGGCAAAUUAACCUGUUAGUGAAAUGACAACAGAAUAAUUUUGGGAGAUUCUGUUGUUGGAAAUUGUUGGCAUUUAGUCUUUCCUAUCUUAUCUUAAAAGUUUGAAAAUAUGUUCUCCCUCUUUAUUUCAUUGAUUAGGUUCAGCUUGUGUUUCUGGAAGCAUGUCUUAUGAGGCGUGGAUAUCAUUGACUUUUGGGGACUUUUACUACCUUGCGUCCAUCGAUGUCUUGACACAUUUCAACGCACAUUUUGUUCCUGUAAGUAACUAAUAAGACAACAGUCCUUACACUCUUCUAGGUUUGACAAAACAAUAGAUUUUUUUUCCGAUAUUUCUUUCUUUGAUAAAAUCAAUACAAACUGGAAUAUUUUGUUUGCAUUCUCAGGAAGAUCUGCCUGUCAAUGUAACUGCCAGCUUAUUGGUCCAAGAAGAUGUCUUCACUAACCAAACUUUGGUGACCUCAAUUUUAAGUGGAGUACAACUAACAAGUAUCACUGAAUUUGUAAACAUCUUCACGUCUUCAGCAAUACAGGUACGGGGCUAGAAAAAAUAGCCGCUAUUUAACUUGUAGUAAACAAUUAAACAAUACUAUGCAACCAGAAACUCUUUCUGCAUUUAGCAAACAAUAAUAAAAAUUAUUUGAGAGAUAUCCAGGCAGCCUCUUUUAUUAAAAAAACUUUAUCUUUGCAGGCCAAUCUUUCAGAAGUUCAAAUAACAUCAGUGAAGGAAACGCUGUUGGAGUUAACUCUGGUGAAACUCAAUUCUUCAUUCACUACAUUUGAAACACAAAAUUGGACAAUCUUGUUCCAAACAGAUUUGGUUAUCUUGCUUCCCUAUUUUACUCCAACUUUACUGAAAAUUCUACCAACUGACAUCUCCUGCUCUUCAUACCAGGAAAUGUAAGUGUUACCUUUCUUGUGGCCUUUAACAAAACUGCCCUCUAUAAGUGCAAAAACAAUAGCAUGUAUUCAUCCUGCACUGCAACCAUCAAACAUUAAUUGGUAGAAAGUCAUCUAAAAACAUGAAUCGUCAUCUUUACUUUUGUUUUUUCAUUUUAUCUUAACAGCAUUAAAGGAUUUAAUGCCGUUUUUACAUCACUUUCGAAACAGACAAAAGAGGAUAUUUUCAACAUCUUCAUUAUAGGCUACCUAACCGAAGCAAAAUCAUCCACAGGUAUGUCAAGAAAUCUCUUACAGCCAAAAUGAAGUAGAAAGAAAAGAUAUCCUAGCCAAAGAUGUCACAUAUAUUUCUUCCAUUCCAGCCCGACUUGCGCCAAGCUCUUUCCAUCUAGAUAUUUAUUGUGUCAAAAUAUGUCACUGGCAACAACUUGAGUCCUUCUAAACCAAACUUGAUCAUAUCUCCCCUGAACUCACCAAUUGCACUUGUAGAUUCUCUCUUUAGGGUGACCUUGCCUAGUUCACUAAUCAGUCAAAAGUUAUCAUCUUAAGAUGUCUUACCGUGAUAUCAAUUUGUUUCAUUCACUUUGAUGAAUUGUUCUUGUACUUCCAGAUAAAAAUCAAUGAACUACAUUACAGAUAGUCACCAAUCAGUAAAACAAACUUUUUGGUGAAAAUGAUCAAUAAAAACAUUUCCCACGUUUUACCAGUUGGGUUGUGCCUCUCUCUUACUCACCAGAUACACUUCAUAGCAUAAAACUUUGGUGUUAAAAUGCUCCGAUUGUUGUUUUUCCUCCCUAUGCCACUCGGCUAAAUUGGUGGCAAAUUAACCUGUUAGUGAAAUGACAACAGAAUAAUUUUGGGAGAUUCUGUUGUUGGAAAUUGUUGGCAUUUAGUCUUUCCUAUCUUAUCUUAAAAGUUUGAAAAUAUGUUCUCCCUCUUUAUUUCAUUGAUUAGGUUCAGCUUGUGUUUCUGGAAGCAUGUCUUAUGAGGCGUGGAUAUCAUUGACUUUUGGGGACUUUUACUACCUUGCGUCCAUCGAUGUCUUGACACAUUUCAACGCACAUUUUGUUCCUGUAAGUAACUAAUAAGACAACAGUCCUUACACUCUUCUAGGUUUGACAAAACAAUAGAUUUUUUUUCCGAUAUUUCUUUCUUUGAUAAAAUCAAUACAAACUGGAAUAUUUUGUUUGCAUUCUCAGGAAGAUCUGCCUGUCAAUGUAACUGCCAGCUUAUUGGUCCAAGAAGAUGUCUUCACUAACCAAACUUUGGUGACUUCAAUUUUAAGUGGAGUACAACUAACAAGUAUCACUGAAUUUGUAAACAUCUUCACGUCUUCAGCAAUACAGGUACGGGGCUAGAAAAAAUAGCCGCUAUUUAACUUGUAGUAAACAAUUAAACAAUACUAUGCAACCAGAAACUCUUUCUGCAUUUAGCAAACAAUAAUAAAAAUUAUUUGAGAGAUAUCCAGGCAGCCUCUUUUAUUAAAAAAACUUUAUCUUUGCAGGCCAAUCUUUCAGAAGUUCAAAUAACAUCAGUGAAGGAAACGCUGUUGGAGUUAACUCUGGUGAAACUCAAUUCUUCAUUCACUACAUUUGAAACACAAAAUUGGACAAUCUUGUUCCAAACAGAUUUGGUUAUCUUGCUUCCCUAUUUUACUCCAACUUUACUGAAAAUUCUACCAACUGACAUCUCCUGCUCUUCAUACCAGGAAAUGUAAGUGUUACCUUUCUUGUGGCCUUUAACAAAACUGCCCUCUAUAAGUGCAAAAACAAUAGCAUGUAUUCAUCCUGCACUGCAACCAUCAAACAUUAAUUGGUAGAAAGUCAUCUAAAAACAUGAAUCGUCAUCUUUACUUUUGUUUUUUCAUUUUAUCUUAACAGCAUUAAAGGAUUUAAUGCCGCUUUUACAUCACUUUCGAAACAGACAAAAGAGGAUAUUUUCAACAUCUACAUUAUAGGCUACCUAACCGAAGCAAAAUCAUCCACAGGUAUGUCAACAAAUCUCUUACAGCCAAAAUGAAGUAGAAAGAAAAGAUAUCUUAGCCAAAGAUGUCACAUAUCUUUCUUCCAUUCCAGCCCGACUUACGCCAAGCUCUUUCCAUCUAGAUAUUUAUUGUGUCAAAAUAUGUCACUGACAACAACUUGAGUCCUUCUAAACCAAACUUGAUCAUAUCUCCCCUGAACUCACCAAUUGCACUUGUAGAUUCUCUCUUUAGGGUGACCUUACCUAGUUCACUAAUCAGUCAAAACUUAUCAUCUUAAGAUGUCUUACCAUGAUAUCAAUUUGUUUCAUUCAGUUUGAUUACUUUUUCUUGUACUUCCAGAUAAAAAUCAAUGAACUACAUUACACAUAGUCACCAAUCAGUAAAACAAACUUUUUGGUGAAAAUGAUCAAUAAAAACAUUUCCCACAUUUUACCAGUUGGGUUUUGCCUCUCUCUUACUCACCAGAUACACUUCUAAGCAUAAAACUGUGGUGUAAAAAUGCUCUGAUUGUUGUUUUUCCUCCCUAUGCCACUCGGCUAAAUUGGUGGCAAAUUAACCUGUUACUGAAAUGAAAACCCUAUAUUUUUGGAAGAUUCUGUUGUUGGAAAUUGUUAGCAUUUAGUCUUUCUUAUCUUAUCUUAAAAGUUUGAAAAGAUGUUCUCCCUCUUUAUUUCAUUGAUUAGGUUCAGCUUGUGUUUCUGGAAGCAUGUCUUAUGAGGAGUGGAUAUCAUUGACUUUUGGGGACUUUUACUACCUUGCGUCCAUCGAUGUCUUGACACAAUUCAACGCACAUUUUGUUCCUGUAAGUAACUAAUAAGACAACAGUCCUUACACUCUUCUAGGUUUGACAAAACAAUAGAUUUUUUUUCUCGAUAUUUCUUUCUUUAAUAAAAUCAAUACAAACUGGAAUAUUUUGUUUGCAUUCUCAGGAAGAUCUGCCUGUCAAUGUAACUGCCAACUUAUUGGUCCAAGAAGAUGUCUUCACUAACCAAACUUUGGUGACUUCAAUUUUAAGUGGAGUACAACUAACAAGUAUCACUGAAUUUGUAAACAUCUUCACGUCUUCAGCAAUACAGGUACGGGGCUAGAACGAAUAGCCGCUAUUUAACUUGUAGUAAACAAUUAAUCAAUUCUAUGCAACCAGAAACUCUUUCUGCAAUUAGCAAACAAUAAUAAAAAUUAUUUGAGAGAUAUCCAGGCAGCCUCUUUUAUUUAAAAAAAACUUUAUCUUUGCAGGCCAAUCUUUCAGAAGUUCAAAUAACAUCAGUGAAGGAAACGCUGUUGGAGUUAACUCUGGUGAAACUCAAUUCUUCAUUCACUACGUUUGAAACACAAAAUUGGACAAUCUUGUUCCAAACAGAUUUGGUUAUCUUGCUUCCCUAUUUUACUCCAACUUUACUGAAAAUUCUACCAACUGACAUCUCCUGCUCUUCAUACCAGGAAAUGUAAGUGUUACCUUUCUUGUGGCCUUUAACAAAACUGCCCUCUAUAAGUGCAAAAACAAUAGCAUGUAUUCAUCCUGCACUGCAACCAUCAAACAUUAAUUGGUAGAAAGUCAUCUAAAAACAUGAAUCGUCAUCUUUACUUUUGUUUUUUCAUUUUAUCUUAACAGCAUUAAAGGAUUUAAUGCCGCUUUUACAUCACUUUCGAAACAGACAAAAGAGGAUAUUUUCAACAUCUACAUUAUAGGCUACCUAACCGAAGCAAAAUCAUCCACAGGUAUGUCAACAAAUCUCUUACAGCCAAAAUGAAGUAGAAAGAAAAGAUAUCUUAGCCAAAGAUGUCACAUAUCUUUCUUCCAUUCCAGCCCGACUUACGCCAAGCUCUUUCCAUCUAGAUAUUUAUUGUGUCAAAAUAUGUCACUGACAACAACUUGAGUCCUUCUAAACCAAACUUGAUCAUAUCUCCCCUGAACUCACCAAUUGCACUUGUAGAUUCUCUCUUUAGGGUGACCUUACCUAGUUCACUAAUCAGUCAAAACUUAUCAUCUUAAGAUGUCUUACCAUGAUAUCAAUUUGUUUCAUUCAGUUUGAUUACUUUUUCUUGUACUUCCAGAUAAAAAUCAAUGAACUACAUUACACAUAGUCACCAAUCAGUAAAACAAACUUUUUGGUGAAAAUGAUCAAUAAAAACAUUUCCCACAUUUUACCAGUUGGGUUUUGCCUCUCUCUUACUCAACAGAUACACUUCUAAGCAUAAAACUGUGGUGUAAAAAUGCUCUGAUUGUUGUUUUUCCUCCCUAUGCCACUCGGCUAAAUUGGUGGCAAAUUAACCUGUUACUGAAAUGAAAACCCUAUAUUUUUGGAAGAUUCUGUUGUUGGAAAUUGUUAGCAUUUAGUCUUUCUUAUCUUAUCUUAAAAGUUUGAAAAGAUGUUCUCCCUCUUUAUUUCAUUGAUUAGGUUCAGCUUGUGUUUCUGGAAGCAUGUCUUAUGAGGAGUGGAUAUCAUUGACUUUUGGGGACUUUUACUACCUUGCGUCCAUCGAUGUCUUGACACAAUUCAACGCACAUUUUGUUCCUGUAAGUAACUAAUAAGACAACAGUCCUUACACUCUUCUAGGUUUGACAAAACAAUAGAUUUUUUUUCUCGAUAUUUCUUUCUUUAAUAAAAUCAAUACAAACUGGAAUAUUUUGUUUGCAUUCUCAGGAAGAUCUGCCUGUCAAUGUAACUGCCAACUUAUUGGUCCAAGAAGAUGUCUUCACUAACCAAACUUUGGUGACUUCAAUUUUAAGUGGAGUACAACUAACAAGUAUCACUGAAUUUGUAAACAUCUUCACGUCUUCAGCAAUACAGGUACGGGGCUAGAACGAAUAGCCGCUAUUUAACUUGUAGUAAACAAUUAAUCAAUUCUAUGCAACCAGAAACUCUUUCUGCAAUUAGCAAACAAUAAUAAAAAUUAUUUGAGAGAUAUCCAGGCAGCCUCUUUUAUUAAAAAAAAAACUUUAUCUUUGCAGGCCAAUCUUUCAGAAGUUCAAAUAACAUCAGUGAAGGAAACGCUGUUGGAGUUAACUCUGGUGAAACUCAAUUCUUCAUUCACUACGUUUGAAACACAAAAUUGGACAAUCUUGUUCCAAACAGAUUUGGUUAUCUUGCUUCCCUAUUUUACUCCAACUUUACUGAAAAUUCUACCAACUGACAUCUCCUGCUCUUCAUACCAGGAAAUGUAAGUGUUACCUUUCUUGUGGCCUUUAACAAAACUGCCCUCUAUAAGUGCAAAAACAAUAGCAUGUAUUCAUCCUGCACUGCAACCAUCAAACAUUAAUUGGUAGAAAGUCAUCUAAAAACAUGAAUCGUCAUCUUUACUUUUGUUUUUUCAUUUUAUCUUAACAGCAUUAAAGGAUUUAAUGCCGCUUUUACAUCACUUUCGAAACAGACAAAAGAGGAUAUUUUCAACAUCUACAUUAUAGGCUACCUAACCGAAGCAAAAUCAUCCACAGGUAUGUCAACAAAUCUCUUACAGCCAAAAUGAAGUAGAAAGAAAAGAUAUCUUAGCCAAAGAUGUCACAUAUCUUUCUUCCAUUCCAGCCCGACUUACGCCAAGCUCUUUCCAUCUAGAUAUUUAUUGUGUCAAAAUAUGUCACUGACAACAACUUGAGUCCUUCUAAACCAAACUUGAUCAUAUCUCCCCUGAACUCACCAAUUGCACUUGUAGAUUCUCUCUUUAGGGUGACCUUACCUAGUUCACUAAUCAGUCAAAACUUAUCAUCUUAAGAUGUCUUACCAUGAUAUCAAUUUGUUUCAUUCAGUUUGAUUACUUUUUCUUGUACUUCCAGAUAAAAAUCAAUGAACUACAUUACACAUAGUCACCAAUCAGUAAAACAAACUUUUUGGUGAAAAUGAUCAAUAAAAACAUUUCCCACAUUUUACCAGUUGGGUUUUGCCUCUCUCUUACUCACCAGAUACACUUCUAAGCAUAAAACUGUGGUGUAAAAAUGCUCUGAUUGUUGUUUUUCCUCCCUAUGCCACUCGGCUAAAUUGGUGGCAAAUUAACCUGUUACUGAAAUGAAAACCCUAUAUUUUUGGAAGAUUCUGUUGUUGGAAAUUGUUAGCAUUUAGUCUUUCUUAUCUUAUCUUAAAAGUUUGAAAAGAUGUUCUCCCUCUUUAUUUCAUUGAUUAGGUUCAGCUUGUGUUUCUGGAAGCAUGUCUUAUGAGGAGUGGAUAUCAUUGACUUUUGGGGACUUUUACUACCUUGCGUCCAUCGAUGUCUUGACACAAUUCAACGCACAUUUUGUUCCUGUAAGUAACUAAUAAGACAACAGUCCUUACACUCUUCUAGGUUUGACAAAACAAUAGAUUUUUUUUCUCGAUAUUUCUUUCUUUAAUAAAAUCAAUACAAACUGGAAUAUUUUGUUUGCAUUCUCAGGAAGAUCUGCCUGUCAAUGUAACUGCCAACUUAUUGGUCCAAGAAGAUGUCUUCACUAACCAAACUUUGGUGACUUCAAUUUUAAGUGGAGUACAACUAACAAGUAUCACUGAAUUUGUAAACAUCUUCACGUCUUCAGCAAUACAGGUACGGGGCUAGAACGAAUAGCCGCUAUUUAACUUGUAGUAAACAAUUAAUCAAUUCUAUGCAACCAGAAACUCUUUCUGCAAUUAGCAAACAAUAAUAAAAAUUAUUUGAGAGAUAUCCAGGCAGCCUCUUUUAUUAAAAAAAAAACUUUAUCUUUGCAGGCCAAUCUUUCAGAAGUUCAAAUAACAUCAGUGAAGGAAACGCUGUUGGAGUUAACUCUGGUGAAACUCAAUUCUUCAUUCACUACGUUUGAAACACAAAAUUGGACAAUCUUGUUCCAAACAGAUUUGGUUAUCUUGCUUCCCUAUUUUACUCCAACUUUACUGAAAAUUCUACCAACUGACAUCUCCUGUUCUUCAUACCAGGAAAUGUAAGUGUUACCAUUCUUGUGAUAAAAAUGUCUGAUUAAACUAAAAAUAUAAUAUUAACGUUGGGGUUGCAAUGUUUUUAUAUGUUUCAUUGUUUUAUUUUAACAGAGUGAAAGGAUUCAGCCAGUCUUUUACGUCACUUUCACCCCAAACAAAAGAGGAUAUAUUCAAUGACUUAAUUAAGAGAUAUAUGACUGAGCAUGCAUUUACAGGUAUGUGACUUUUUUAUUUUCGUAGUAAAGAGCAUUGCAAUUAAAAUUUUCACUGUGUACUAUAAUAUACAGUAAUAAUGUAGUGACUGUUAAUAAAUGUACACAUCAUGCCCUAAUAUGUAUACAAUGCAACUUAUUUUUUAAAAGGUAUAUUUUUGGUUGUUUAAAACUAAUAUUUAAUUCCACGUAUCUAAACAUAUUUUCAUCCAGUUUUCAUUAUUUUUUUUAGACUCUGUUUGCGCUUCUGGUACAACCAACUUCUAUGAGUGGAAAAUAGUGAAUUUCCAUGAUUUUUUUAUUUUUGCCACCGUUUAUAAUUUUCUGGACUUUUAUCCUGGAUUUGACGCAGUAAGUAUCUCACAUAAGACCUGUGGGAACUCUUGGGAAUUAUAAACAGGAAUUUGAUAUAUGUUUGAUUAUUAAUAUUCCUUAAAGCAUUUGGAAAAGGAAACAUAGAUUAUGUUGCUUUUUUUCUUAGAGUGACCUGUCACCAAACGAUGCAGCUUCAAUAUUGAUACAAGAAGAUGUCCUCACUAACCAAACUUUCUUGGCAUCAUUUUUAAGUGGCAUUAAACCAGAACAGCUUACAGCUUAUGUCAAUGCCUUCACAUCUGCAGCCUCACAGGUACAGGACAGACUAAAUGGCCUUUAAUUAUUAUCUAUUUAUCAAUUCCAUGAUAACAAUAACUUUCAUCUCCGUAUUAAAAUAGGUCAAACAUUGCCUACUUGAUAGCAUAAAUUAUUAAAGUGAUGUUUUUUUUUCCUUCGUAGGCCAAUCUUUCAGACAUUCAGAUACGAUUGGUAAAGUCAACCCUAUUGGAUAUAAAUCUUUUGAAUCUGAGUUCCUCUUUCUCCACUUAUAAUAAUCAAAACUGGGCAGUCCUGUUCCAGACAGAUUUGGUUCUCUUGCUUCCAUACUUUAACCAAACUCUUCUUCAGCUUUUGCCAACUGACAUCUCCUGCAAUUCAUACCAGGAAAUGUAAGUCUUACCUUUCACAUGUUAAAACAAAGUUUGUUUUUUUAAUUACAAAACACAUCAACUAAUCAAAGGAACACUAUAGUUUUAGGUACUCAAACCUGUAUUCUAAAUACUAUAGUGUCUUUGAUCCUACACUAAUUCAAGUCCCCCCUCGUGUGCAAUAAAAUCUAAAAUAAUUAAAGGUUUACUCAUAUUUUCCAGUGCCGAGGCUUUUUGGUUCUGGUUACCUCUCUGCCUCCCGCAAUAUCAAAGAGGAAGCAUGGCCACCUCCAGCUUUAGUCAGUCUAAUUCUCCUCAUGGAGCACCCCACAAUAAUUCAAACUUCCUCAUAGGAAAGCAUUGAAUCAAUACUUUCCUUUGGCUCUUUCACAUCAUGUGUCUGAGUUUUACUAAGUCAAUGCAGUGAAAACACUUAUACGGACUUUUAUGUUGACAGCCACUAUCGGUGGACUUAACCCUGCAAUGUAAACAGUAUCUAAAAAAACUGCACGUACUUGACAUUGUAGAGUUGAAAAGUAGGGACAAUGCACCCAGGCACUUCCUUGAGAUGAGGUGGUCUGGGUAACUAUAAUCUUGUUUUAAUCUAUUGCAACACCCGCCAAUAGUAAAAUUAUGUUUUUGUUUUUUUCAACAGAGUAAAAGGGUUUAGCCAGGUUUUUACAUUCCUUUCAACCCAGACAAAAGAAGAUAUAUUCAGUUACUUCAUUAAAACCUACAUGACUGAGCAUGCAUCUACAGGUAUGUGAUUUGUUAAUUUCCACUUUCAAAAGAGCCAUAAUGCCUAUAAUAUAUAGUAAUGAUAGUCAAUAAAUGCAAACAUACUGGCUUUAACUUUACAUAUGAUCUCACUUAUUGGUUAAAAUUCAUAUGUUGUUGUAGUCUGACUCUCAUUCUUAAUAGAGUUAUCAACAUGUUUUCUAUCAAUUUCCAUUUUUCCAUUAGGCUCUACUUGUGUUUCUGGUACAACUAACUUCUAUGAGUGGAAGACACAGAAUUUUGGUGAAUUUUUCGUCUUUGCCACCAUUUAUAACCUUGUAGACUUCUAUCCUGGGUUUGAUGCAGUAAGUAUCUCACAUAAGUCAAGAGGACAUUCGUAAUUUUUCUAAAGAGGAAUUUUAUAUAUGUAUAUUGCUUGUGACAUGUUACAGUGUUGAAUCUAAACAAACCUAAACUAUAUAAAUGUUUCUUAGGGUGAUCUGUCACCAAAUGAUGCAGCUGCCAUAUUGAUCCAAGAAGAUGCUCUCGCUAACCAAACUUUCUUGGCAUCAUUUUUAAGUGGAAUACAACCAGAGAGUAUUACAGAAUAUGUAAACGCCUUCACAUCUACAGCUACAAAGGUAUACGACACACUACACGGGUAUCGCCUAAUAUCUAUUUAAAAAUGUCAUGAGAAUUGCAAUAUCUAGGAUGCAUCCAUUAUUAGAAAAGUAUAUUUUUCUUUUCCUAGGUUAAUCUUUCAGAAGUUCAGAUAAUAUUGGUGAAAUCGACCCUACUGGAUAGAACUCUUGUGAACUUGACUUCCUCUUUCUCCACUUAUGACACACAAAACUGGACAGUCUUAUUCCAGACAGAUCUGGUUCUCUUGCUUCCGUACUUCAACCAAACUCUUCUUCAGCUUCUGCCAAUGAAUAUCUCCUGCACUUCAUACCAGGAAAUGUAAGUCUUACCAUACAAAUCUCUAUUCCUAACACUAUAGUGUCCCUGUCCCUACUCCUUUUCUGGUCCACCCUGGGAGCAUUAACAUUUUAAAAAAUUAAAGAUUUACUCAUCUUUUUUCUGUGCUGAGACUCCCUCAGCGAUGCUUACCUCUCUACCUCCUCCUGCCAUGGUCAAUCCAAUUCUCCUCAUAGAGGAGAAUUGGGGGCCUAAUGCUCCUGUGCGGUAAGCGCCCUAUGCACAUUGAAACUUCCUUAUAGGCAGGCAUUGAAUUAAGGUUUUCCUUUGGGACUUUCUCAUCAUGUGACCAAGUUUUACUUGGUCCAUACAGCGGAAACACCUAUAGUAACUGUCAUAUUGCAGCCACAAGAAGUGGAUCUAACCCUGCAAUGUAAGCAGUUUCUAAAACACUCAAGUGCUUUACAUUGCAGGGUUGAAAAACAGGGACAAUGCACCUAGACCACUUACUUAAGAUGAAGUGGUCUGGGUGACUAUAGUGUUCUUUUAAUAUAUAACACCCUUCAUGGGUAACAUUUUGUUUUUGGGUUUUUUCAACAGAGUAAAAGGAUUUAGCCAGGUUUUUACAUUACUUUCAACCAAGACAAAAGAAGAUAUAUUCAAUGACUUCAUUAAGACCUACAUGACUGAGCAUCCAUCUACAGGUAUGUGAUUUGUUAAUUUCCACUUUCAAAAGAGCCAUAAUGCCUAUAAUAUAUAGUAAUGAUAGUCAAUAAAUGCAAACAUACUGGCUUUAACUUUACAUAUAAUCUAACUUAUUGGUUAAAAUUCAUAUGUUGUUGUAGUCUGACUCUCUUUCUUAAUAGAGUUAUCAACAUGUUUUCUUUCAAUUAACAUUAUUUCCAUUAGGCUCUACUUGUGUUUCUGGUACAACAAACUUCUACGAGUGGAAAACAUUUAAUUUCCGUGAAUUUUUCAUCUUUGCCACCAUUUAUAACCUUGUAGACUUCUAUCCUGGGUUUGAUGCAGUAAGUAUCCCACAUAAGUCGAGAGUGCAUUCUUGAUUUUUCUAAAGAGGAAUUUUAUAUAUGUAUAUUGCUUGUGACAUGUCACAGUGUUUAAUCCAAACAAGCCUAAACUAUAUAAAUGUUUCUUAGGGUGAUCUGUCACCAAAUGAUGCAGCUGCCAUAUUGAUCCAAGAAGAUGCUCUCGCUAACCAAACUUUCUUGGCAUCAUUUUUAAGUGGAAUACAACCAGAGAGUAUUACUGAAUAUGUAAAUGCAUUCACGUCAGCAGCUACAAAGGUAUACGACACACUACAUGGGUAUCGCCUAAUAUCUAUUUAAAAAUUUCAUAAAAACCACAACAUUGAGGAAGCAUCCAUUAUUAAAUUUUUUUUAUAUUUUUCGUCCUAGGUUAAUCUUUCAGAUGUUCAGAUAACAUUGGUAAGAUCAACACUACUGGAAGGAACUCUUGUGAAAUUGACUUCCUCUUUCUCCACCUAUGAAACACAAAACUGGACAGUCUUGUUCCAGACAGAUUUGGUUCUCUUGCUUCCGUACUUCAACCAAACGCUUCUUCAGCUUUUGCCAAUGAACAUCUCCUGCACUUCAUACCAGGAAAUGUAAGUCUUACCAUCUACAUCAGCUUUGAAAAUUAUGUUUUCUAUAAAUGCUAAAACCUUAUAAUUCACUAAUCCAAUUAAAGUGCUGUAAAGUGAAAUAAAAGAGAUGUAUUGUAAUCAUAAUAUAUGUUUUGUUUUUUGAUGUUUCAACAGAGUGAAAGGAUUUAAUGAUGUUUUUACUUUACUUUCAAACAAGACAAAGGAUGAUAUAUUUAAUUACUUCAUUAUAAGCUACCUGACUAAUCAGAAUUCUUCUCUAGGUAUGUUAUCUAAUUACUUACAGCCAAAACAAUAUUGAAAGAAAAGAAUACUUGGUUAUUGGAAUCACUGAUGAAUAGUCUCAUCAAACCAUGAGUUGUCCCAUAUUAUUUCCAUCUAGAUAAAUGUUGUGUUAAAAUAUUUAACUUUAUUAUAACUCCAUUAAUUAAAAUUGUAGAAUCUCUAAUUAACUGACUAGUUUAAGAGUCAGUCCACGUGAUCUACUUAAUUUGGCUCAACUUGAUGAUAAUCUCUAUCUAUGGCUCCAUUUUAUAAGCUUUCCUAGUGAUUCAGAAUAACUUAUCUACAGAAGCCACCAAUAAAGUCUAUGGGAUUUUUUUGUAAAUAAAUCAUUUGGAAUGUUUCUCUAACAGUGUUGAAUCCUUUGGAGAGCUUUUUUUUAAAAUAUAUUCUUUAUUUUUGUUGUGCAUAGUUUACACAUCAGCCUGUUUGGCCACAACAGCUGUAACAUGUAUUAUAACUUCAGGCUUUAUCAUGACAGUUGAGAAAUCAGCACAUUUUAAAAUGAGAUUAAACAGAGCUAGUAAGCAGGAUAUUGUAGUAUAGGUACUGCGGGGCGAUUUAUGAGGCUGUAGAGUAUGUGUGUCAGAGGCUCGGAAACUGAGUGGUCGAUUGACCCUGGUGUGCUGGAACCGAGCCCUUAUGAAUCGUGUAUGGGUUGUAGGUGAUGAAGUCAUGUGCCUCUGUGUGUAGUUAAGGUAGAGCGUAAAGCCAUGUUGGUAGCUCCGCUAUGUAGUUGUUAGUGGAGGGUGAAUGCAUGGCACUCGUUAUGGUCAGCGUGGUGUUUGGAUAGUGUGAUUUGAUUUGCGUCCAAAUGCAUAUGUGUACAGCUCCUCCAUGGUGUGCAUAUUAUGGGUACAUAUGAUGGGAGCUGGGGGAGGUGGAUAUUAAAAAUGGAGCCAGCGUGUCCAGGGAAAUUCCAGGUCUUGGCCAUGUUUGGCCGCAGUAUGUGGUCGGUUUACGACUUUGUGUAUUGUUUUGAACGUUUGUCACAUAACCAAUAUUUAACUGAGGGCUAAGCCCAACACAGAAAGUAGAAACAUAUAGAGAAUGUAUAGGCUUAUGAGUCAGGUGGUCUCCCUCCCAGGUACUCCACGCAAAGUGGUGGAUGAAUGGGACAAUGGUAGCUGAGUCCCAGGUUGUAGAGGGGGUGGGGCUGGGAGGCUCAGGGCCACCAGAACAUUGUCCAUCUCAGCGAUGUCCGCCACCCUAUUUUCUGUGUCUUGGUGCUGAAUGAGGAGUACAUGCGUAGGUCCCCAGCGGUACUUCACUCCCUUAGCUGCCAACAUUGUUUUUAGCGGACGGAAGGAUUUCCUCAAGAGCAGAGUAUUGCGGAAGAGGUCAGAGUAGAACGACAGUUCCAUGUCUUCAAACCUAUAGGGGUUUUUCCCUCUGGUGGCCUCUGGUUUCUCUAAAAGCUAGAUGCUGAUUUGGCCUUUGUUUUUUCAGUCAGAGGGUCAACUGAGAGUUCUCGGUGCACAGAAUAUGCACAGACCAAACAUUAGCCAGCCUGAAACACUCAUUCCCACUCCCUAGACUUGGUAAUGAAAGUUGCUGUAGGUGGAGUUACAACUCAGAUAGUGACAUAAAAUAUCUAAGUAUUUGCACUUACAGGGUCCUUGCACCAUGACCACUUUCAAAAGCUAAGUAGUAAUGGUGCUUGGAGUAUUCUUUUAAUUUUAGUUACGAGAAAAAUACAUCUAGAAACGUAAUUGUCCGUGGAACUCAGAUAAAGUUAUAAGUACAGAUUUUUGUUGAUUUUUAAAAAAUAUUCUUUACUGACUAACUUUAUAAAAUAAUGAAUUUAGAACCUGGAAAAAAGGUCAAAAGGGAAUCAUACCUUUGUUCAAUACCUCUGGCAAACUACAGAGCCGAAUUAUAGAGCAUUACAUUUCAGAUUUCAAAUUUAAUUACUUUAAAAUAUAAUUUAAAAGUAUUGAUUUGCUGGGUCUGUAUCUGAUUUUGGGGCAUUUUUAUCAAGUUGCAAAUUCAUGUUAUUCCAUAAAUUAUUCCAUUUAGAAAUGUAGACACCUCUGGUUUCUAAAAUUGUGUAUCAUAGGAUCAUUUCUUCACAAAUGCUUUGUGUGUUUGUUUGUUUGUUUGUUUGUUUGUGUGUGUGUAUGUGUGUGUUUGUUUGUUUGCAGAUUGCAUUUGGUUUGCUGAAAAGAAAUGCAAAUCCUAUUAGAAAAAAAAAUAGUGCGUAGGCGCUUCACUGAAAUUAUGUCAGCUUUGUAUAUAGUCAAACUAUACAAUAAGUUGUGUAACCGGUACCCUAGUGCUUCCCUUAUGCACCAGAUAUUAGUAGUAAAAUUUAAAGAGACAAAUACCAGUAUAUACACCUCCCCAAUGUGAUCACAACAAAAAUGGAUAAUAUUACCAAUAUGAAACUUGCUUGUACUACAAACAGCGUAGAGCUUGAUUGAGAUAUAGACUAAAACAAGAAAAAUAUACAAAACAGCAUAGUGUGAACUGUAUAAUAACUGAUAAAUAAUAAAUGAAUAUAUGACUCCCACUCACAUUCUCCAGAGCUGUACCAGGCUCUGUAAAUCAGGCUCAGGGGUGCCAAAUACUGGCUAACGAUCCAGGUGAUUCAGGCAGAUGAGACUCCAAGUAUAAGUGCAAAAUAUAUUUAUUAUUAAAAAAAAUAUAUAUAAUAAUUAUGCACUACAGGGCACUAUGGGGGUGGAACCCAAUACAGAAAUUAAUAUAACAAAAUUGGAAUUCCACUUACCCCUAUUUGUAUAGUAGCCCAGAGUGUAGAAAUACACAUGAAAUCACAAAUAACAGGUAUAAAAAAUAAGAGCAGACGCGUUUUGGCUAGCAGCCUUCUUCCAGUGCAUUUCUCCAUGCCCUGUUGAGUCUUCUUAUACAGGGCCUAUCUUUGCCAUUCACCUGGAUUCAAUUUCAUACCGGCGUCGCGUCACUUCCGGUUUUGCGCGUGACAGCGCGUCCGUUUUUCGGCCAGUUGGAACGCACAUUGAAACACGGCGUUCAGGAUAUGGGUUACUCCUUAAUGUUGUAAUUGAGCCCUCAUAGCAACCAUACACUCCAUAUUUACAGGAAGUCAUAACAUAAUAAUGAAAUAAAAAAAUUGAAAAUAUAAUUAAUCAAUAUAAAAAUUGUAAAUAGACAUAUGUAUACACAAAUACAAAUCAAACUAUCAUUAGUCUCUCUGUGAAUAGAGAGAAACUUAAAGAUGUAUAAAAAAUAUAUAUUUACAGAAAGCCAUUAGUACACAUAUAUUUAAACACAGCAAUGUGUAACCACAGAAGAAUCCCCAUAUAUGGGGAACAAUUAGACAGAAAGCAAGUUGAGCCUCCAGUGACUUAAUAAGCAAGUAAAUUCAAUGAAUACUAUAGAAAAUCUAUAUGUCUAAAAAAGAGAAAAAAUCUAAAUAAAUAAAUAAAAAUCUAAUAAUAAAAUAAAUUCUAUAAUAAAUGAAUAAACUCAAAAUCUAAAUUAAAUCCAUUCGGGGACAAGGUAUUCACAUCGAAGAUCCACUUGCCCUCUAUCUUAGCCAGCUCCUUAAUAUUAUUGAAAAAUUAUUGAAUUUUUAAAAAAUAACAACAUAUGACAACAAAGAAGGAUCACCGCCAUGUAUUUCAGUGAAGUGUGCGGAUACACUAUGUUUCAUAUAACCCCUCUGGUAUUCCCCACAUGUUCCGCAACUCUGGUUUUAAAAGCUCUCGUGGUCAUUCCAAUGUACUGCAGACCACAUGGGCACCAGAGGAGGUAUAUGACAUUAGUGGAAUUACAGGUUAAAACCUGAUGGAUUUUAAACGUACGGUUAGUAGAAUAAGAGGUAAAUUCUGUCUGGUUUUUUUUGCUAAAUAAGGUUUUCUUACAGCCAGGCAGGAUUUGCAGGGAUAGAAACCCUUUUCUAGACCCAAAAAGUUUUUUACUCCCACUUUAUGUUUGAUAAAACUAGUGGUUAGAUGUUGCUUUCAAUUUUUUGGCCCUCUACAGAUAAUGCGUGGUGUAUCACCAAUAAUUUCUUUCAGAUUAGGAUCUGAUUUAAGGAUACGCCAAUGUCUGUUAAUAAAGUGCUUAAUUUGCUUGGCAUCUUCGCUAUAAUUUAAAAUGAUUGGUACUUGGUCAGCACACUUCCUCUCCUCACUAGAUGUCUUUUUAUUCAAAAUCUUACUUCGAUCCAUCUUUUUACUAGAAUUAAUACAUCUAUCCAAUUCCUUGAUGUAAUUUUUCUCUAUAAGCCUAUCCCUCAAACAGAGUGCUAUUAGUGUACUGUGCUCAGCUACAGGAGUAUUCUACCUGUACAUUUGACAAGUUCUUGUUUAGUUAUCAAAUUGGAAUUCUGAAUUUAAGACCUCCCUUUUUAUCAACCUUAGAAUAUUUAUACAAGGUCAACGUAGUUUGAUUUUCUCUGUGCAGUAGUAUGGGAUUGCACAGCAGGAUUAGGGUUUUAAGUUACAGUUAGUAUCCACCUUAUAGGGACACUCCCAUCCCCAAUACGUGUUAUUUUAAUAAUUAGGUGGCCAUCGAUAGCUGCGAGCAUUAGUGGAUACUCUCAGCCUAUCAGCGACUGCCUAGCUAACCAUUCCUCAUACUGCAGUGCUCUAGAGGAAUGAAAGCCAGAAGGUAUAAGUGACAGGUUCCGGAGGCCCAAGGUCAAGGUAAAACCAUUGCCAAACUGUUUAAACAUGGAAAGGUAAGUGCCAUGAAAAAAACUGGGUUAAGAUGAUGCUAUGGGGAUGAGAGUGUGUCUUUAUAGGUGAUAUGAACUGCAAUGCUUUGCAGAUGACAAGCGCAAAGAAAGUCAAGACAUCAUAGAGGCUUUGAAACAUAAUUCUAUAGCACUUGUUCGCUUGGUAACAAUUUAACUUGUUUAUAAAAUCUGCAGAAACAUCACUAAUGUAUUGAUCUACCUUUUCCUUUCCGUCCUGUAGGCUCAGCUUGUGUCUCCAGUACAGUUUCAUAUGAAGAGUGGAUAACAGUGAAUUUUUGGGCAUUUUACUACUUUGCAUUCACCUAUGAUUAUGAGAAACUUUAUCCAGGUUUUGUUCCCGUAAGUAAAGCAGAAAAUAUUAGUAAAUACAUUUAAAAACAAUGUUUCAGGAAUUUCUUUAUAAAAUCAAAUUAAUAAAAAAACAUUAAAACGUUGGUUUUUUUUCUCCACUCAGAUUGAUCUACCUCCAAUUGUGACAGCAAAUCUGUUGGUCCAAGAAUCUGUUCUUACAAACCACACGUUGUUGAUGUCUAUCUUAAGUGGAAUACAACCAGAAAAUAUUACUGACUACGUCAACGCCUUCACGUUUGUAGCAGGAAAGGUACACGAUAUAGAUAAAAGAUGCUUUAUCUAUUUCACAUUAGUCUUUUUGAAGUUGAAGGGAAACCUUUACUUCCCCAAGAUUUGUAAUAUUCUGCUUAUUUAUUUCUUAUAUUUCACAAAGAUGGGUUUUCAAGGUCUGAAAAAUAAAACCAAAUGUAGGACUCAACACCGUUUUAUUCUGGACCUGAUCACCUGAUCAUCUCCAUCUUUGCUCCCUGUCAGUUAUUGUUAUAAGCUCAGUCAUCUUUGCUCAGACAUUUUCUGCAAAAUGUGCCCUGGUUGUGCCUGAUUUGGAUGGUUAGUUAUUUGAGAAAUAUUUAAUAUAUAUAUAUAUAUAUAUAUUUUUUUUUUUAUUUUUUUUAAAUGGAGCUUCACAAGGAAAGAUUGUUAACACAAGUUAUAGAUUUAAAAAAAAAAAAUUUUACUUAAUCUUGUUAUUUACAAAAAAGUAACGGUUUCCCUUCAACAACAACUGGCUUCAUUCAUGUGUAUUGAACAUAACAAUGAGAGGUCAAAGGAUUGACAUGAACCAAAUUAUUAAUAAAAUAACAUUUUCCUAAUUUCAGGCAAAUCUUUCAGAGAUCCAAAUUACCUCAGUGAAGGAGAAUCUAUUGAAUACAACUCUUACGAAACUCAGUUCCUCUUUCUCCACUUAUCAAGCACAAAACUGGACAGUCUUGUUCCAGACAGAUUUGGUUCUCUUGCUUCCAUACUUCAGUCCAACUCUUCUUCAACGUCUGCCAACUGACAUCUCCUGCGAUUCAUACCAGGAAAUGUAAGUGUCAACUUUUCUAUGCAGCAAGUCAUCUUUAAUUGAAAAACAUCAUCACAAUCUGUUGAUAUAACGCCCUACAGGGGCAAAGUGAUAUAAAUUAACAUAUUGAAAUGUUUAAAAUCUGUUUUAUUUGUUUUGUUUUCUUCUACUCAGAAUGAAAGGUUUUAGCCGUGUUUUCACAUUACUUUCAACACAGACAAAAAAGGAUAUAUUCAAUUACUACAUUGAGCAUUACAUGACUGAGCAUACAUCGACAGGUAUGUGAUUCAAGGAUUUAUACUUUAAAGUAAAAUGUAAAUCAAGCCUCCAGUAUACAAUUCAACUUAUUUAAAAAUUAUGUUUGUUAUUAGCCUAUUACUCAUUAUCUUUUCUUGAGAAGAGAAAACAUAUAUUCUCUUUUUUUUUCCAAUUAUUUUCAUUAGAUUCAACUUGUGUUUCUGGCACAACUAACUUCGAUGAGUGGAAGACACUGAAUUUCCGUGAAUUUUCUGUCUAUGCCACCGUUUAUAACUAUAUGAACUUCUAUCCUGGGUUCAGUGCUGUAAGUAACCCUUAAAAAAGUAUAGAUUACUCUUAAUCUUGUUUUAUUGUUAAGACAAAUUUGGUGUAUAUAUUUUCAUUGAGAUACCUGAGAGUAGUUGAGAAAAAAAAGCAAAUUGAAACAUUAUUUCUUAUUCUCAGGGUGAUCUGUUACCAAAUGAUGCAGCCUCGGAAUUAACCCAAGAAAAUGUUCUCUCCAACCAAACUUUCUUGGCAUCAUUUUUAAGUGGAAUAAGACCAGCAGAUAUUACAGAAUAUGUCAACGCCUUCACAUCUGCAGCCACAAAGGUACAAGACAAACUAAAUGAGCUAUACCAGAACUCUGGACAACAAUUUCAUAUUACCAGCAAUUAUCUCUACGUGCACUAAAACAUAACAAACAAAAACUGCCUAAAUAAUAUUUCGGAAGCAUAUUUAAUGAAAAUGUUUGUUCUCUUUCUUUAUAGGCCAGUCUAUCACAAACUCAAAUUACAUUAGUAAAGGGAAAACUGCUGGAUCAAACUAUUGUGAAACUCAGUUCCUCUUUCUCCACUUAUCAAACACAAAACUGGACAGUCUUAUUCCAGACAGAUUUGGUUCUCUUGCUUCCGUACUUCAACCAAACUCUUCUUCAGCUUCUGCCAACUGACAUCUCCUGCUCUUCAUACCAAGAAAUGUAGGUCUCACCAUUCACCUGACAAAAUGUUUUUAGAUCCAAAAGCAUCUCAACGGAUGAAUCCAUUGCAACAAAAGACAAGUAUAAAGUGAUAUAAAGUAAUGUGUUCCAAUAAUUAUAUGUGUGUUUUUUUUUUAACAGAUUGAAAGGAUUUAGUCUUGUUUUUACAUCACUUUCAAACCAGACAGAAGCGACUAUAUUUAGUGACUUCAUUAAGCGCUACAUGACUGAACAUACAUCUACAGGUAUGUAAGAUUUUUACUUUCAUAUAUUAAAAUAAAAUGUAAAACAAGUCUACCCUGUAUGAUCACAAUGAUAUAUGGUAAUAAUCAUUAAAUGCAUGAAUACUUGACUUGUGCACAAAUCUGCUUAAGGUGGGUCAAACAAAUCAAAUAAUUUUUAUUCCUCACCUGAAUAAACAGAUCCAUAUGAGAUUUACUUGUGGAGUCUUAGUCAAUGAACUAGACUUCACAGGUAAAUUCCAAACUAUUAAUGUGUUCAGGCAGAGAUUAAAAGGAAUUUAAUUCGUUCGACUCACUUGAAAAAAGUUUGUGCACAAGUCUGGUAGAUAUUCGUCUUAGUAUGGAUACAAUACAACUCAUUGUUUAAAUAUCAUAUUCAGUAUUGGUUAAGUACUCCAUGUUCUGUACAGAUGCUUACUUCUUUUGAUAACAGUUCACACCUAAUUUUUAUUUUUUUUAUUUCCCUUGUUUUCUUUUGUUUUUAUUUAUUAGACUCGACUUGUGUUUCUGGCACAAAUAAUUUUGAAGAAUGGAAAACACUUAACUUCCGUGAAUUUUCCAUCUUUGCCACAAUUUAUAACUUUGUGGACUUCUAUCCUGGGUUCAACGCAGUAAGUAUCCAGUACAAGGCUAGAGGAUAUUUUUGAAGUUCUAGAAUAUUUGUGCAUGUUUAUUUUUCUUGAGGCAUGUGACAAUGUUUGGGAAAAACAAGCAAAUCUAAAUUACAUUUCUUUAUCUCAGGGUGAUCUAACACCAAAUGAUGCGGCCUCUGUUUUAACCCAAGAAGAUGUUAUCUCCAACCAAACUUUCUUGGCAUCAUUUUUAAGUGGAAUAAGACCAGCAGAUAUUACAGAAUAUGUCAACGCCUUCACAUCUGCAGCCACAAAGGUACAAGACAAACUAAAAGAGCUUCAUCGGAACUCUGGUCAACAAUUUCAUAUAACCAGCAACUAUCUCUAUGUGCACUAAAACGUAACAAAAUACAAAAACUGCCUAAAUAAUAUUUCGGAAGCAUAUUUAAUGAAAAUUUUUGUUCUCUUUCUUUAUAGGCCAGUCUAUCAAAGACUCAAAUUGCAUUAGUAAAGGGAACACUGUUGGAUCAAACUAUUGUGAAACUCAGUUCCUCUUUCUCCACUUAUCAAACACAAAACUGGACAGUCUUAUUCCAGACAGAUUUGGUUCUCUUGCUUCCAUACUUCAACCAAACUCUUCUUCAGCUUCUGCCAUCUGACAUCUCCUGCUCUUCAUACCAAGAAAUGUAAGUCUCACUAUUCACCUGACAAAAUGUUUUUAGAUCCAAAAGCAUCUCAACGGAUGAAUCCAUUGCAACAAAAGACAAGGAUAAAGUGAUAUAAAGUAAUGUGUUCCAAUAAUUAUAUGUGUGUUUUUUUUUUAACAGAUUGAAAGGAUUUAGUCUUGUUUUUACAUCACUUUCAAACCAGACAGAGGAGACUAUAUUUAGUGACUUCAUUAAGCGCUACAUGACUGAACAUACAUCUACAGGUAUGUAAGAUUUGGAAUUUCAUAUAUGAAAAUUAAAUGUUAAACAAGUCUACCCUGUUUGAUCACAAUGAUAUACGGUAAUAAUCAUUAAAUACAUGAAUACUUGACUUGUGCACAACUCUGCUUAAGGUGGGUCAAACAAAUCAAAUUAUUUUUAUUCCUCACCUGAAUAAACAGAUCCAUAUGCGUAUGGCAGUAGACUGUGUGGUAAAAACCAACACCAGUCAGAAGGUGGAGCGCUGAGGAGAUGUGUGUGAAUAACUCACCUCCCCCCUCUCCUUCUUGGGUGUAUUAUAACCUAGAAGUGGGGAUUUAAAAUAGAAUUACAAUAGUGAAAUACUGUUAGAUAAUAAUUAAGUGAUGUGAAGGCGGAUAGAACCACUCACUUGGUACUGAGCCUCAACAGGACAGGCUCAGAUCACUUGGUCAGGCGUGUUUUGGUAGGUAACACAAACCAAACAAUGGUUGACAAACUUGUGGAUCCUUUAAAAACAGAAGAAGCCAAGCAUAGUGUAGUAUGCAGGUGAAUGGUGGUUGAAGUAUAUAGAACUGCUCACCUGAUUCAGAGCCUAUAGCUCUGGCUCUGAGUAUAAUGGUAUAAGUACCACUAGGGGGUACCAAAACCCUGUAGAUGAGGUCAGGGACACUACUUGCGUCCAGAUGGAAAGUAUAAAAAUAAAAUUUAUUAAUUCUAUACAAAGUAAACAAUGGUUAAAAUAAAAAGUACAAUCCUCCUGGACGUCCGAGACGAGUUUCGCCGGUGGGCUUCAUCAAUCGAUGUGUGUUCCUGUGUUUCCGUUCUUUUAUGUCCAAGAGAGGGCUCUAUAAUUGCGGAUUGAUCGUGGCUGUGUUCCGCUUUCGUCUUCAUUCAGUGCGGUCGCUUUUUUCAUAUCCAUAUAUGGGUAAAUCAGUGGUCGCCAUAUUGGUUGAGGGCAAAGCAGUCUAUAUAUGUACAUACACAAUAUCGUUUCUCAUAUAGGGAAAUGAUUAAAAAACAAAGACAAACCGUGGGAAGAUAUGAUUAAUACCAAAUUGGAUGGCAAUAAUAUCAACAAUUUAAAUAAUUACAACAUGGUUUUAAUUUUACAAUGUGACACCAUUUGAAAAGUUGUUGUUCUGGUUAACAUAUAUAUUUAGAAAAAAGAACAAUAUUGUGACUUAUAGUAUAUGUUUUAAUGAUUGUAAUUUAUAUCAACAUUAAAUUCUUUUUGGGCCAAUAAAUUAGAUUGAUGUUAUUUAUAUAAUAUGCCCAAUUGUUCAUUAAGCUAAUAAAUAGGACCCUUUAUAAAUACAGAUAAGGAUAAAUUAAUUUUAACAGAGUUAAUGGUAUUAUAGUUUCUCUAUAUUUAGUCUACAUUCUAUAUACAACAAUAGAAUUAUUAAUUGCAUAUUUAGAUAUUUAAAGUGACAGAUUAUUGGUAUGAUUUACCUAAUUUAAGUAUGAGAUAUAAAGAACUCUCAUACUAAAGGUAAAUAUAUAAAUAUAUAUUUUGUGUGGCUUUUUAUUUUUUCAUUAAUUCAUAUGAGAUUUACUUGUGGAGUAAAUCUGGCCAAAAUUGGCGUUUUUUGAAUUUUUCACACACAAACAAAUACUAACGCUAACUUUGGCCAGUGUUUGUGACCAAAUGGCUACUAAAAAAGACUGGACAUACCCCAUUUGCAAUACCUUGGGUUGUCUACUAUUGGAAAUGGUAUGCUAUUAUGGGUGUAAAUUUCAUUCCUAGGCUACUAUACAGUCCCAAAUGCAACUUAACCAAUCUGGCAAAUUUCAAUUUCAAUUGUAGCGUGCUAAAUUUGACCCUGUAACUUCCCAAAACUCCAUAAAACCUGUACAUAGGGGGUACUGUUUUACACGUGAGACUUUGCUGAAUACAAAUAUUUGUAUUUUAUUGCAGUAAAAGCAAACAGUAUUAUGACAUUGACAGUUAAAAUGUCAUGUAGAACUAAAAAAAUUUUUAAAAAAUCUUAUUUUCUCCCAUUUUUUCAUAUUAAAUUAUGUUUCAUGGCUAAAUAUUUGAUAUUAAAUGAAAGCCCUGUUUCCCCUGAAUAAAAUGAUAUAUAAUAAGGGUGGGUGCAUUUAAUAUGAAAGAGGUGAAUUACGGUUGGACAGAAAUUGAGGCGCAAAUGCCAGGUUUUGUUUACAUUUUGUUUUGUUCACAACGUGUACAUUUGGCUCAGUCCUUAAGGGGUUAAUUUGUAUUCUGGCGAUCAGUCAAGGCUAUACUAUGGUUUAUUGUGACAGUAUGUUCUAUAUCUCUUAAGAGGGACUCUAUAAUAUUACAAGGACAUUACCAAGGGGGGCCACAGCAGCAGAGGAACAUGUUAGUGUUAGGAAUACAUUUUUGUAUUCCUAACACUAAAGUGUUCAUUUAAAUGGUUCUGACCAUUUUUUGCAAAUAAUUUAAUUACCGUAUAUACUCGAGUAUAAGACGAGUUUUCCUGCACAAUUUUUGUGCUGAAAAACCCCCACUCGCCUUGUACUCGAGUGAGUGUCUGUAUUAUGGCAACUUAUAUUGCCAUAAUACAGACCAGGACCGCCAGGUUCAUUACAAGCCUGGCGGUCCUGGUGGGGGCUGGCAGAGAGCUGUUACUUACCUUCCUGCAGCUCCUGUCAGCUCCCUUCUCUCUCCUGCGUUCCGGUCAGCUCCCUUCUCCUCCAGUGUAAGUCUCGCGAGAGCCGCGCGGUAAGAGCUUUGCCACGGGUUACCGUGGCAACACUCCGUGCGGCAGUCACACCGCAAGACUUACACUGGAGGAGAAGGGAGCUGACCGGAAUGCAGGAGAGAGAAGGGAGCUGACAGGAGCUGCAGGAAGGUAACAGCUCUCUGCCAGCCCCCCUCCUACACAGCCAAUGCCACUGGACCACCAGGGAAUGAGAGCCCCCCUCCCUGGCCAGCUAACAAGCAGAGGGGGGGACGAAAAUAAAUAAAUAAAAAUGUAAAUAAUAAUAUAAUAAAAAUAUUAAUACUAUUAAAAUAAAAUUCAUACACACACUGCAUUCAUACACACACACUGCAUUAUAUGCACACACACGGCAUUCAUACACACACACACACUGCAUUCAUACACACACACUACACACACUGCAUUCAUACACACACACACACUCUGCAUUAUACACACACACACUGCAUUCAUUAUAUACACAAAAUAAAUAUUCAAUGUAUGUAAUUUUUGGGGGGAGAUAUAAUUUUAUUUAGAAAUUUACCAGUAGCUGCUGCAUUUCCCACCCGAGUCUUAUAGUCGAGUCAAUACGUUUUCAAAGUUUUGGGGGGUAAAAUUAGGGGUUUUGACUUAUAUUCGGGUCGACUUAUACUCGAGUAUAUACGGUAUGCACUUUUUUAAACACCCUGAUAUGCCAAAAGGUGGACAUUGAUCCAUUCCAUGUCUGUCAGUGUAGUUUCUCCUCCGUACUUGGUGAGUUGGUUAUUAUCAGACAGCAUAUGUUUAUGUCCAUGUUCAUGUAACAAGGGCUGUCGGAGUUGAAGAAAAUAUAUAGCAAUAUGUCAAUUGGGUUGUUUUUUAAUGUUCCAACCUGAAAUUCUGAGGUUAAAAUAUCUAAAUUGGAAAAAAAUCCAGUCUCUCUCCUGUUUGGCUUAGUCAAGGCUAUAGAAUAAUUUCUGGAGAAUGUUAUCUUGCAGUUCCUCCAACAUACCUUUCAGAUUGCGGGCUCUAUAUAGCAAUCAAAUUCACCAGUAUUUUUGCAGUGCUUGCUAAGGACUAUGUACUGUCAUCUAUCAUGUCUAUGGGAGCACAGUAUUGGCACGCAGGGUUAAGUAGUUAGCAAGUUUCCACAUGUACUGAGCUCUUUAAAUUUAUCAUGCAGUAGUACUCUCUUAACCAGGGGUGCCCAAAAGGUAGAUCCCCAGAUGUUUUAAAACUACAACUUCCAUGAUGCUUUGUCAUUCUAAAGACAUGCAAGGGUAUGCAUAGCAUCUUGGGAGUUGUAGUUCUGCAACAUCUGGGGAUCUACCUAUCACUGCAAAGUUUUGAUAAUUACCACGUCACAGCAAUAUUCACAACAUGCCUACGCUGUCAGUUCAGCUAAAUUUUUACUACAAUUCACAGUUUAGUAAAUAUAUCAUACAGUUAUUCACUAAACUGUGAAUUGUAGAUAACUCGAUUGAAAUGGCAAAAUUCUCCAAAUCAGAUAUAGUCACAACUGAACAUUUGCUUAAAUUUUUAAAUCUGGAUUUAAUUCUCCAAAAUUUGACGUCAAUAACUCUGCUAUGUUUGUUCUGACAUAAGUGAUUCUCUUGUUCUGAUGUAAAACUCCUGAAUUAUAUUUUAUUUUGUUAACAGGUUCUAUAUUCAUGGAAUGCUACACUAACGAUGACGGUCUGCAAAAUUUCAUUACAAACUAUUUUAUGAACUUUUCCACCUUGAUAAGUGCCGAUGAGCUAUUAUUACUAAUCCCGUCCAGUCAGCUCACACAGGUGAGUCUGUUUUAUUCUGCUAUGGCUCAUAUGCAAUAGCAGAGUAUUAAAUAUAUACACAGUUAAAGCAAGGAGUUUCCUGGAGACAUGCUCAUGCCAUUAUACAGAACACUGGUGAGACCUCACUUGGAGUAUUGUAAGCAGUACUGGAGACCGUAUCUCCAGAAGGAUAUUGAUACUUUAGAGAGCGCUCAGAGAAGGGCUACUAAACUGGUUUAUGGAUUGCAGGAUAUAACAUACCAUGGAAGGUUAAAGGAACUGAACAUGUAUAGCUUGGAGGAAAGACGAGACAGGGGGGAUAUGAUAGAAACAUUUAAAUACAUAAAGGGAAUCAACACAGUAAAGGAGGAGACUAUAUUUAAAAGAAGAAAAACUACCACAACAAGAGGACACAGUCUUAAAUUAGAGGGGCAAAGGUUUAAAAAUAAUAUCAGGAAGUAUUACUUUACUGAGAGGGUAGUGGAUGCAUUGAAUAACCUUCCAGCUGAAGUGGUAGAGGUUAACACAGUAAAGGAGUUAAGGCAUAAGUGGGAUAGGCAUAAGGCUAUCCUAGAUAUACGAUAUGGCUUGGGACUAAUGAGAGUAUUUAGAAAAUUCGGCAGACUAGAUGGUCCGAAUGGUUCUUAUCUGCCGUCACAUUCUAUGUUUCUAUGUUUCUAUGAACUUUUUUGGUAUUUGUACCAGAAAACAAAAGGAGCUAGGCAAGGUGAGAAGAGUACAGAUUACAUAAAGGGGCAGGAUUUCUGAAAACAUCUAACAUCUGAAAGUUGGGUAAUAUUGCAUGCUUCCGCAGCUCACAUUAUUUGGUAGUUCAGUGUCACCCAGUCAACCACUCAUGGCUGUCAGUGUCACUCAAAUCACAGAGAAAGAUUGCCAGGGUUGAACUCAGCUCUUCAACAUAUGCAGCCAGAUUAUCAUCCAGCAUGGUUAUCAUUAUACCACCAAAGUCAUUAACCAAAAUAAACAUUAUACCGCAGAGUACACCAGCCAAAUAAUCCAUUAGAACAUCCACCCCACCAACAAGUAGCCAUUGUGCCAUUUGCUACACCAACCAAUGGAGCCAUGAUACCAUCCACCAUGCCAACCAUGGUAGCCAUAAUACCAAGCAACACACUAAAAAUGCUAGCCAUCACACCAUCAAACAAACCGACGAAUUAGCCAUCAUAUGAUCUAUCACAUUAAGCAAGGUUGCCAUCACAGCACCCCCAUAUCAACCAUGUUAGCCAUCAUAUCUUCCAUUACACCUCUGAUAAAGCCAUCAUACCAUCCAGCACAACAACCAAGUUAGCCAUCAUACCAUACAGCACACAAACCAAGUUAGUCAUUGUAUCAUCUAGUACACCCACCAAGUUAGUCAUUGUAUCACCUAGUACACCCACCAAGUUAGUCAUUGUAUCACCUAGUACACCAACCAAGUUAGGAAUCAUACCAUACAGCACACCAACCAAAUUAGUCAUUGUAUCAUCUAGUACACCCACCAAGUUAGUCAUUGUAUCAUCUAGUACACCAACCAAGUUAGGAAUCAUACCAUACAGCACACCAACCAAGUUAGUCAUUGUAUCAUCUAGUACACCAACCAAGUUAGUCAUCGUAUCACCUAGUACACCAACCAAGUUAGGAAUCAUACCAUACAGCACACCAACCAAGUUAGUCAUUGUAUCAUCUAGUACACCCACCAAGUUAGUCAUUGUAUCAUCUAUUACACCAACCAAGUUAGGAAUUAUACCAUACAGCACACCAACCAAAUUAGUCAUUGUAUCAUCUAGUACACCCACCAAGUUAGUCAUUGUAUCAUCUAGUACACCGACCAAGUUAGUCAUUGUAUCACCUAGUACACCAACCAAGUUAGGAAUCAUACCAUACAGCACACCAACCAAACUAGUCAUUGUAUCAUCUAGUACACCCACCAAGUUAGUCAUUGUAUCAUCUAUUACACCAACCAAGUUAGUCAUUGUAUCACCUAGUACACCAACCAAGUUAGGACUCAUACCAUACAGCACACCAACCACGUUAGUCAUUUUAUCAUCCAGGACAUCAACCAAGUUAGUUAUCCUACCAUCCUGGACACCCAACCAAGUUAGUUAUCCUACCAUCCUGGACACCCAACCAAGUUAGUUAUCCUACCAUCCUGGACACCCAACCAAGUUAGUUAUUCUACCAUCCUGGAUGUCCAACCAAGUUAGUUAUCCUACCAUCCUGGACACCCAACCAACUUAGUUGUCGUACCAUCCACACUGAAUAUUACAACAGGUACACACUAUUUUUAUUAUACCAGUUAUGUGAAUAUGGACAAAAAAAUAUUUUUUUCAUUUACAUGUUACUACCUGUGUUACUACCUGUGUUGAUCUUCUUUCUAGACUGCACUUAAAAUCAAAGACGAUUUGUCCAUGCAAAAACCAGUUCAAAGACGUGUAAAUUGUAUAUAUGUCCCCUUGUUUCCUAGGUAUUAAAUACGUUGAGCCCUCAGGAUCUUUUGCACUAUCUCACAGAUGGAAUGGGUGCAAACAGCACUGUAUGGAAAAUAAUGCUGUCACAUUAUACGAAUAUUACUGAACUGGCACGAUUCAUGGACAUUCUGGUAGACGUAAGUGAACACUAGCAAAUGAAAAAUUAUAGGUAGCUAAUUGUGCUCAAUAUGCAAGAAGGUACAGAAAGCAAAAGGUCUGACUUGGCCAGGAAAAUCCAAAUGUAUUAUUUUUAAUAUUACUCAAAAAAAUGUAUAAAUAAAUAUAUACAUAUACAUUAAUGUUGCAUUUACAUAAACAAAAAUCUACAUACAAAUUUCAACAUUCACCAAUAUAUGUGUAUAAUGUGCAUCUCAACAGAAAUUGAUUUACAGAAGAACUGUGAGUAAAGAUUAAUAAGGCAUAGUUAGUAACCUUUUUUGUUGUAUCUAGGGAGCAGCCAUUAUGUUUUUCCAGCAGACGACAGAAAACACAGUAGUUUGUAUUUGCCUACUUUUUCCUUCAUGACAAAUAGGGAGAUAUAUAAACAAAAAAUUGCGAGCUGAAAUUCUUAUUCUGGUCAUUUUUGUUCCUGGAACCGCAGAGAUAUAGCCACUUGCUGGAGCAAACUAAAUAGAUGGCUGUGUUACUUAAUUAACACUGUGCCUUCAUGUGCCCUGUAAAUUAAUUUUAAAGUAUUAGAUAUAUUGGCAUCCACCCUGGAUGGAUUGAGUAUACACUGUGCUUUGUUCUUUCUCCCCAGAUGAAAUUUAGCCAAGACAUUGCUGAGGCUGUAUUUGACGCAGUUUGGCCAACUUUCCUCACUUACCUGCCUCUAAGUGAAUCUGAAUUGGACAUUUGGCUCAAUAAGCGUUUUGCUAAUUACCUACCUCUCAUAACUGGGGCCCAACUGAAUGUCCCAGGUGUGAUGGAAGCAAAUUGUUCCUUCUACCGUAACCUGUAAGUCUCUGUGUAUUUUUUCAUUAUUAUUUCUUUGUUUUUUUACAAUUAGCAUAAAGAUUAAAUGGGAUAUUUUGGUUCUUAUUUUGUUUUGUGUGUUACCCCAAUUACUGAAAUCUUUGUUACAUGUUUAUAGAUUUGUUUAAACAAUUGACUUCAUUUUUUUGUGUUUCUUUUUCCAGAGUUAAGACCUUGUCUAUAUAUUUUAAUAAUUACACCACCAGCACUCAGCAAGACAUCUAUGGCAUCUUUAAGCUGUAUCUGGAGAACUCAAGUAAGUCAUUAUGAUUAUAACAUCCAGACAAACAUUUUCAUCUAUAUAUGUGAAGUCCACAAAUCAAUGUUUCAGAAUUUCUGGUAUCUUCUCCAGAGAGUCCAGACAGGAGCUUUAGUCUACACUCCUUACUGACUUAGAUUGAGGACUCUUCCCUAAUGUUUUUCAAAGUAAAAAAAAAUGUUAUUCUGGGAUUCUACACUGGUCUUGGUAGAGGUGGGCACUCAAUUAUAAAAUAGACAUAUCAUGUGAAGGUCAUAUGACAUUGUCUGAACAUUUCUACUUCAAUUAAUGAAAAUGUUGUCAAUUUGCUCACCUAUUGCAUUCAUUUGUUCACUUGUUCGUUGCUAGAUGUACUCUUCAUUCAGAGGGACACUCUAAGGGUUGAAGUGACGUCCCUAGAUACAUUAUGUCAAAAAUGCAGAAAAUAUGAAAACAAAUUUUAAAAAAGUAAAAGAUUCUCAUCUUUCUUAAGUUUCUGUUACUUUUGAUAAAUCAUGGCUAGCAAAAACAGCAGGGAGACUGUUCUUAAACAAGGAAGAUGUUCCACCAGUCAGGAGCCUCUUAUUCUGGUCUACGGGGAUUUUCUUAAACUAUAAACGCAUGGUGUUAUUGUACGUAAAGUGACCAUUGAAUAUACUCACAAAGUCACCAAACUUGGAACGUUCACAUUUUUGAAGAACAUAGUAGAUAAGUUAAAUAUAUCUAUGGGUUCUGCUUUAAAAAAAAUAAUAUUUGUUUUCACUUUGUAUUUACAUCAUAUGUCAGACUGUUUUGGCACAGUAAGGGCAUAGGAUGUUAAUUAUUUUAUCUACCAUGAUAGACAGCAUGCCUCAGAGUAAGGUCACUUGCACAAGUGCAGCAUUCAUCGAAGCGCAAAUCACAAAGUCAAAGCCUUAAAAUAAACUUCCUAUGUGUACUAUAUAUUUGUUAUAUCAUAUAUAUUUUGUUUUUCAGACCAAAAACCUGCAUGUUAUAACUCUUCCUCCAGUGUUGCCAAUUCCUGGAUUUUCCUAAACCUUGGAAACUACUUGACUUAUUCCAGUCCUCAGGAUCUAGUAUCAUUUACAAACAAUGUGGAACUGGUAACUAUCUUGUAUUCACUCUGGGAGAUCUCGUAAUAUCUCAUAAUUCUUUUCACAUUUUCGAGUUCAAUAAAGUGUUUUUGUGAAAAUGAACUUAGUAGCAUGACCUAUAACCUGGCAGCAGGGUGCCACAUGGUUUUAUUUUCAUGUGACCACUUGCACAUCAGAAAACGUUUUAUCAUGUCUACCUUCUCUAAUAGAUUUUCAGAAACUUAUCACACACACAUGACAUGUCUUUUAUUUAAAACAUAAUAUUCCCAGGAUGCAACUCUACUCUUCUCGAAAAUGGUUGCUCAGUUUAUAACAUCUGUAGUUGGAUGUAGGAAAAGGGACAUGUCACCAUUUCACAUAUUACCUCAAUAGAUUAUUGAAAACAAUGUCAGGUGAAAUAAAACAGUACAAUAAAAAAAAAAUCUCACAUACUGUGAAACUAUGAAAAACAUUUUAACACAAAAGACAGCCUCCAUGUUAUGAUAAUUUUCUUAAUGAUAACACUUUAAACAUAAUCGCCGUGUUGAAUGUGGGCUAGCAACAUUUAAAAAGUGCAUCUUUGAACUAAAGCAGAAUUAAUAUUUACAAAAAAUGAUAUUAAGUGUAUGACUAUCUUUUUUACAGAUAUCUGUAAUAAAAAGGUUAAAUCAAUUUUACCCUUUGGUAACAGAGUAAUAAUGUAAUUUUGUGUUCAACAGCUUAAAAACUUUUCAGUGGAUUCAAAAACCCUUGACUUGAUAGGCACGCUGACCCUACCACAAAGUCUGAAGGAGUACUUUUCAUAUUUAAUAUCAGCAAAAAAUCCAUCUAUCCCUCUGUCAAGGUAUGUUCUUUGUUUUCUGUGAUUAAAAGUGUUUUUGUGCUGGGCCUCAAGCCAGUUGGAUUGGUAGCCUAUUUAUGUGUAAAAAUGUAAACAUUUCCGUAUACAUGAUUUGUGAGGAAGGGUGAUUUGCUAUUAUGUCUAUAAAUUAAGCUACCUCUGAAGGAACUGGUCAAAAGGACAUUAUAGUGCUUGGGGAAGGACUGGCGAUUCGAAUGCUGCCUCUCAUAGCAGAAUGUUUGUGUGUAUAAUAUAAAUAUAUACAUUCUCUUUUAACAUUUCUUUUAACUUUUUUUGUUUUUACUAUUCACAGCAUUCCUCAAAACAUUCUAUGCUACAUUGUUGGUAACUUAAGUAUCAGCACGAUGAGUCAAAGUGAGGCCUUGAAAAUUGUGGACAUUCUAAAGCAGUGUGGAAGUACAGCCAAUGUCACAGUGGGCAGCAAUGUACGUAUUUUCAUCUUGUUAACGAGGAAGGUUUGCUACUAAAAACCUAUAAAAAUCCUUUAUUAGCCUGUCUGUACAUUUUACAUUCCAUCAGUAGCACCACAAUUCUGGUCUUGGCCUGGCGUUUUGUGGGCCCAAGGUAACCUUUAUGAUAACAGGGCCCCUCAACUAUUUACUGUCUUCCUCAGCAAUGUGUUAAUUUCUCCUUCUAAAUAACCUUUAUUGUUUCCCCUUUCAGCUUUUGCCUUCUAUCUGCAUUUACAAAGAAUGUUUGUACAAUACAGAACAAUAGUAACAACAGAAAGAUAAUUGUAUCAUAGCAAAAAGCACAAAUAUCAUGAAGCAACCGAAAAAUGAAUAAAUGUCAUCUCUAUUCUCUAUUAGCCUUUUUUACCCUCUGGCCCCAUCCUUUUCCCUCUACUUUAUUUUAUCUUCUUUAUCCUUACCACCUCUGUUUUUUUGUAUUUUUCAAUGUCCGCUUCCCCUUAUAUUUUACCAAUUUUUCCCACAAUCUUUUUUCUUCCUAACCUCAUUGCAUUGGAAGAACAGAGAGCAAUAAUUCAUAUCCGAAAUCCCAAACCUUUUUCACACCAUUAAAAAAAAUCUUCAUACAUUUGCCUAGAGAGUUUUUUUAAGGAUUUGGGGAGGGACAAAGUGGUGUUAAAAAUAUUAGCUAUGUGGCCAUUUAUGCCGUACCAAAUAAGGUCAGUGUAUACACAAUAUAGUUUUUUUUUAUUUGUUUAAAGAUACCUUGAGAGUGUAUGUACGUACUCAUUAUUAUUUAUGAUAUAAUGCAGACCUGUGUGUUUGCCAUCAUAAAAACAUUAUAGUCGAACUGCAACUUAUCAUGUGUACCCAUUUCACAGGUAGUGGAAUCCAUCGUCACAUCGGUGACUACAAUUACGGCAGACGUUCUUCAGACUCUGGGUCCCCUGGCGGUUGGACUGCCCCCUUCAGUGAUUGUAGAGAAGGCCACUGGGACAUCUUUACUGAAUAAUUUACAAACAUUGUCUCAGAUUGAAACUUGGAGUGUCACCCAAGCAUCUAUCAUAGUCACAAAAAUAACAGAAACCAAUUUUAAGGUAAAAUAUUUUUGUAGAGAAAGGUGCUGUAAUGCCCUAUUUUUUUCUGAGUUUGAGAGUAUCCUCUAUAUCCAGAGUUUGCUGCCUAUAUUUUGUCAGUUGUUCUUCCAGCAUUUAUCCCUUCCUGUGUUUUUUAAAGGUGCUAAACAGGUCUGGUAAGUGUCAGCUAAAUGGUAGGAAGUUCAAGUAAAGGCUAGCAAAGAGGGCUUACAUUAUAAGCCUCUGAGACACACCGGGUUAUUCACUUAAGUGAGAAUUCAAACAGAACUUCAAAUUCAGUGACAACGUAGCCAAUCUGGAAGCAUAACUGACUAAUAGAAUGUUUCCAUUUAAACUAUUCCUACCUUAAAUUCACUUUGAAUUCUCCCUGGAGUGAAUAACCUUGACAGAUAAUAACUAUGAGAAUAUCUGGGUUAAGUGGGGGGCUGUUUAGACCUUUGCAUUAUGUGCCUGGCUCUACCAAAAAACAAGAUAACUGAAUUCAUCCAUCAUGUUUGUGACUCUAUAAUAACCAUUAUAAUAACAUUUAUGGAGCUGUUUACAUUCAUGUAACUUCAUAAAUAGGGAAUGUUUGUGUUAAUGAAUGUAAACCUAGUGAAGUCAUUCCCCCGUUCAUUCAAACAUUUUCAGAUUUAAUAAUUCUAACGAUUUCCACUUAUGGGGCAUGAAACAAGGCUGAAAUGUUUUUUGUUUACACAUUGUUCAUAUAUUUUUAUUCUACACACCUUUGAAGUGUGAUUAACUAUUUUACGUAUAAUAAAUGUUGUUAAUGGCGCUCGCAAUUCCUGUAUUACAUUAUUGUCAUCCCACAGCAGGUUGGAGAGAAGACUCCCUAACCCAUUCUAAACAACAUUGAACCUAGCGGUCAUAUGUUGUACUGCGAGUAAAAUAAUAUUAAUUACCACAUCUAAAAUCCAGAGGGGGUUAUCUAACUCAGUGUUUCCCAACCCAGUCCUCAAGGCACACCUACCAGUCCAGGAUUUAGGGAUUACCCAGUUGUGUCUAAGGUGUUUUUUUUCUUCUUUGUAAAAACACCUUAGACACUGGGUAAUCCCUAAAUCCUGGACUGGUAGGUGUGCCUUGAGGACUGGGUUGGGAAACACUGAUCUAACUCACCAACUUUUCUUGACAGCCCUGGGGCUAAGUAGCCCCCCUACUUAGCCCCAGGGCUGUCAAGAAAAGUUGGUGAGUUAGAUAACCCCCUCUGGAAAACACAUUUCCUAAAUGCUAUGUGAAUAUGUUUUUUUGUCUUUGCAGAUUAAUGUGAGCAGUGUGGCAUCACUUGGAAGUCUGGUGGUUGGUCUGAGCCCCUACGCUAUGGAUAAUCUCAACAACAGCGAUUUUAUCACUUUGGCUAAAACUGAUUCUUUUACUGCUCAAAUUGAACGAGCGCCAAAAGCACUGCAACAGAGAUUUGUGCAAAAGGUACUUACCAUUACUGUCACAGAUACGCCUCAAACGAGGAGAUGCAGUGGAUAUAAAGGCCCUAUGCACUCAUCCCCCCAUUUAUGCUGUCUCUAACAGGGAUGAUAGUGGUAGAAUAACGCUGUCUUAUUAUUGACAAGGCACCAGGAUAUGACAUCAUAUGUUAUAGAUCACGAGAUAAUUCUUAGCUCUGUUCCACUAGCCCACCAACGAAUGAACAGAAAGCAGCCUUAUCUUAAGUAAGAUAGCAUAUACAUAUCAUUAAACGCUGAUACAGCAGGAAAGUCUUGAUUUGGCACUUCUAUUCCACCACUCCAGGUUUUUUUCACUGGCACCCAACUUUAGGAACAAGAAAACCCCAAAAAUGUCUAAGGCCGCGCUAUCUCAUCCGACCGAGAUAACAUACUUGCAUACUUGGUAGGAAAUCUGCAUAGGCUAAUAAGCAUAUAUUAAUACUAUGAAUUGUAAAUAAAUUCACAUGUAGACAUAAAAAAUGAGCUUAUAAUGAAAAAGGAGCAGGGCCUGUGGGUCUUAUAAAUCUGGAAACAAAUUUAUCUUGUAUCCAAUGAGUAUGAAACUUCAUAAUUUGAGUGAUGUCCUCUGUUUUUUUUUUUUUCUUAGGUUAUCAAGGCCGCACACACCACAACAGAAAGCAUUUUCCAGCUGGUCCCUCCAGACCUGGGGAGUCAGAUUCCUGUAUCAAACCUGUCUAGUUCCAUUACUAUCCAGCAAAUAAACCAGAUGCAUUGGUCAAUCAACCAGGUAUUUUAUUAACCUUGAAUCCUAGAAAGGAACCUGAAGAGUUAAAAAUGCAUAGGCACCUGUUAUAUAAAGUAAUGUAGGAUAUUUCCACUUGAACACAGGUGAACAAAUCAACUAUGACCUGGGUUAUUCAAUAAACAAGUACCUCUCAAGAAUUGGGUACUUGCAAAUUAGAAACAAUUUGUUUUUCUAACAUGUGCUAUAAAAUUCGCAAUUUUCAGGUCACGUCCUGACAAUUUUAUAAUUUAGUGACUAUACCUGAUUUUAACUGAUGGUUUUACAAACGUGUCCUGAAGACUACUCUGAGCAAAUAUUGGUUGAAAUAUUUAGCCACUAGUCCAGUACAUUUAAUGUGAGUAGUGUGUAAUAUGGGGUUGUGGAUAUUUUUUUAAAGUCAUAAAUGAAUAUAUUUAGGGAAACUGCACAUUUGCCAUGUACACAAUAUGGAAGUUUUAGUAAAGUGAAGAACGUGUGUGCAGGUGCAUUUCAAGCAUAAUUCCAUGUGCCUUAGAGCCCUAAAUAUUCUCUGCACAAACAAACUACUUUCUGAUGGAAUUCUGGUUAUUUUAUUCUCAUAGAAUGUAUCAGUAAAGUAGUAUUCCUUUAUAGGAUGUCCAAACUCAAGUGACCUUUAAAAAACUUGGUUCACUCUAAAACAUCACCUGUUCCCUUUGAGCACCUAAUAAAUUAACUCGUAUAGUAAGAGAUUGCCACUGUUUGUUUUCUGCUAUAUAACAUAUGGUUGAGCUGUGGGACCUGAGCCCCCUUUCUCGGCACACUCUCUUUAAUAUUUUUGUUACAUAUCGUAAUAUAAAUUGUCCACCUAUUUCAGGCUCAGAUCCUUUUCCCGACAGUGAUGACUUUAACCAAUAACUACUCCAGGUAAGUCUUUGGUAUUUGCUUCUUGCUAACAUUGUGAAAGUGGGGUCCAGCAUUGUGACAGUCCUGAAAUUUACUAAAUUUACUUGUUGAAUAAUCUUGCGAUAAUUUUCUUCUUUAUAAUAUAAACUAACCCAUGUAUUAAUUCUAUCCAGUUCGUCAUUUUAAGUCUGUAAUGUCUGCUUGAUUUGUGUUUACUUUUUGUUUUUGUUGUUAAUUCUUUUCUCCUAAAAUAUUGUACAGUUAUAUAAUCCACUUGUAUAUUUUGAUGCUUUUUGUCUUGCCUCUUGUUUGCACGUUCGUCUUUUGUAUUAUUAUUCCAAAAAAUCAAUAAAACCAACUAAUGCCAGCUGUGAGGCAUGGCAAAUCGUUUAAAACAUUAAACUGUCUUGAUCAGUCAAUUGCCCAUGUCAAUCAUGUCAUUCCCUCUCCAGUAACCUAUUUCUUCCUAUAAACUGUAAGAAAAAAGGAAAUCUGCUUUAUCAAUGUGAUAUAUUUAAUCUGCAUGCAUGCACAGUGACAUUAUCACUCACGGACACACUCCUAGUUAAAGCCCCUCCCCCAAGGAACACAAAAUCUAUACAUUCACACUUCUGUAGAUACAAGUAUGCAUUUCAGUUUAUAAUGGGUUUUAUGAAAAGACUCUCUACUGCAACACAUUAUGCAGUGUAGUUUUAGAAGUGGAGAUGCAAUUAAAUUGGUGUUUCUUGAUGAUUCCGCAAUGAUCGUCAGUAUUGAAAAGUGUGAAAAGUUAUAACUAUCACCUGACAUAUAAUUAUCUUUUGUCUUAGUCUUACCAACAAUAUCCUGCAAGGUUUUACCUGUGGAGCUGUAGGUGGAUUAAAGGAUUUGCAGUUUCAAGACCUCAUCAAAGUCAUGAAAGGGGUUUCAGUAAGCACCGGCCAGGUAAGUGAUUGUCAUGUCUUGAGUUAGAAGCCCGACUAUCCAUCUAUCAUCCUCUCCCAUAAGUCAAAAGCAAGGCGUGCAUGAUUAAAGGGUGCAUCACAGCAUUGUCUUAACAAAUUGUAAGUGGUGAGGUGAUGAAUUGCAAGAGGAACAAUUGUUCCAGUGUGAUAGGAGAAGAGCUCACGCUGGCUGUCCAUGGCUUCCUAGGAGUGUAUUUUAACUGUUUACCGAUGUAUGUCAUAAUUGGAGAAGUAGAAGAAACAGCUGUUACUUCUCAAAGCUAUCAUGUCCUAAUCUUUACGAUCACCAUCUAGGCAGUGUUGUAUGGCUGAUAUCUUCUAGUCAGAUCAGGGAAACCUGUUUCUUUGUGAUCUGAGCAGAACAUGCCCCAACAAUGAUCAGACGUUGAGACUUUCCACCACUUGGCUGCCUACCAGUUUCUAAACUCAAAUUUCCGUAUGGAUAUAUUCUUACUGUUAGACGUUUUAUUGAGCAGUAAGGAAAUAAGAGGUUCUGUUGUAGAAUUUUUCGAAACAUAACAUUCCACUUACAGCAUGUUUGGUUUUUUUUUAUUUUUUUUCAUAGCUAAGCUGCAUUGCUCAGCGACUGACAAGAAUUGGGGCUCCUGCAGAUUUGGCAAAUUAUCCAGUUGAUGUCCUGCUGUUUAUUGGGUAAUCUUACUAUAAAUCAAUGUUGUUGCCAUAUAUCACUCCUAAGUAUACACUGGGGAUACCUUUAAAAUGUUGAUGUAAUGCAGUUAAACAUGGGGGAGGGGUGUGAGUUUCUAAUGAUUAAUGCCAAUAUGACUUCUUGAUCUCAUAGUAGUCAAAAAUAGGCUAUAGUUAUAACCUCUUUGGGGACCAAAUUGAGAUAACAGAAAUUUAAAAAGGGGUUUAAGAAGUUAAGUGGAUCCAUUGUAGUUUUAAUAUAAAAUUAAAAUUAAUUAACAAAAUAUGAUUAACUAUGGGUGCUCAAACCAUCCGUUGUUCUCAUAACUCAAAGUAUGUACGUUUUUGUUGACCUCAAAAUGACCCAGUCAUUAAUCAAGUUACACAUCAAGGGAGGUCAAUAAACAUUCUGAUGACCUCAAAGACACAUCUUUGAUUUUAAAUAGACGCUACAUUUACACAAUUACUUGAAAUUUUGACAUAUUUCUUUUUAAUAAAAAUUAAAUAAAGAAAAGAACAAUAAUGCUAAAGAACAAAAACAAAACACAUUUUAAAGGGGAACUGUCUAGAAUACGUUUUUGUUUCUAAUAACAAAAAUUUAUAUUUUUGUGUUUUACAUAUGUAAAUAUACACAUUUGGGGUAUAAACACAUUCAGGGUUUACUCUACUAUUUUAUAUGUAACAGAUAUAUUGUACAUACAAGGUCUGAUAUAUAAGAAUACAUUAUGGAGACAUCUUUUAUAAAAUAAGCAUUCAUUCAUUUUAUGUUUUUCUUUCCUUAAAUGUUUUAGUUCCAGCACCUACACAAACAAAACAAUUUGUGUGGACUAUUUCAAACUGAUUGGGGGGUCCAAUAUUAACCUCUUACCUGUGACCUCACCGGUGCGGUCCUCUCUGCUCAGCAAUGCCAUGGGAUGUUUGGUAAGCAAUACCCAAAGGAUUUUCUACUUACUGGGGUAAAUUCACAAACAUGUGGAGCUGAUAUGUUGUUGAUGUGGAUCAUUCAUUUCACGUUGAUUCUCCACUCAGUUGGCCCUUGGAGCAUGUACCUCAAUACAGUCAAGGCCCAGAGUUUGAUGCUAGAUGGGCACUUUGAAUGUAUUAAAGCAGGAUAGCAAACCUAGGAGGAGAAGGAGAACUGCUCCAGAACUUUGCACAUACACACCAAAAUAUCUGCUUAUCUGGGUAAAAAGGGAAAGGAGCUCUUCUUUUCUCUGUCCAAUAGCUCUGUACACUCUUUCAUAGCUACAUUAUAUCUUGGAGGAGAGAAAGUGUUAAGGGGGAAGAGGAAGAAGGGAUCUGUGCCUUUUAAGGCUGAGAUCUCGGUGAUUUAAUUUUGGAUUUUGAGCCCAGAAGUCAUAGGAUCUCUGGUGGCCUGUGCUACUGUACAGAUGUUAUUGAGAAUUUAAACAAACUUCAGCACGUAACAAAAUGACUCUUGAAGCAAAGGGACUUGUGUCCCUCUGAUUAAAUAGUUAUCCAUAUGUUACUGUUAUGUUUUGCCUUUUGUAAACAUUGUCUGUUUGUGAUAUAUUUUAUCCUUAUGCAGAUUGCUUUUUAUCUUUUUUAUGUUGUUCAUUUUUUUGUUAUGCUUUCAUUCUACAGAAUAUCAACAACUCUAAACUCACCAAGGAAAACUUACAGAUUUUGGGUGCUGUGUCCUGUGACCUAACAGAUUCAGCUAUUAACGCUGCAGAUAGUUAUAUACUAAAAGAGCUCCAGGUGUGCUCCUCAUUCACAGACGCACAAAAAGCAGCAAUUAACAACAAACUUAUUGCUGUAUACGGGUAUGUAUAUAAUCUUAAACUUACAUGUACCCAGACAAAAGAAAUAGCAUUGGGUAAUGCACUCACAAAUAAUUCACACAAAUUGAGAAGACCCAGAAUAUAAAAACUGGCUUGUGUGAGCCUGGGUGAUCAUAAAGCUGCUAGUAGCAUUGUAGCAGGACUGUCCGCUGUGGUCCUAGUGAGAAGAUCUAAUUACAUGGAGAAGGUAGAUUUUGAGUUGCUGUUGAAAAAGACACAUGAUCCGUAGUCUGCAUGUGUUUGGGGAUUCAUUGGCAAUUCAACAGAAAGUAGAGGGCUACAUUGUGAAGGUAGAGGGCUACAUUGUGUCUAUUCCAGAUGUAAAGAGUACUUCAUAGGAGAAUAUUUUAUGGGGUCAGCCUUUUUUCUACACUAACCAAUAUAGUCUAGAACAUUGGUGCCUAAACCUGUCCUCGUAGACCACCGACAAUCCAGGAAUUAUGUAUUUCCCUUGUUUAUUCCAAUGGAGAUACUGACAGAACCAGAACUGUUGGUGCGCCAUGAGGACUGGUUUGGGAACCACUUGUCUGGAAUACAACUCCUGUUAUCUUCAAGUUGUCUGGUGCUUAUGCAUGAUGGUGAUGGUGCAUGUCAUUUUGAACCACAUGUAAAAAAAAAUAAUAAAACCACAUGAAUAAAAAAAAUGUUAUAUGGACACUGCAUUGUGUUCUUCAAAAGCAUGUCUAUUAAUUUUUACAUUCUAACACGUCUAACUCACAUUGUUGUCUUAUUUCAGAUCUCCGAACACUUGGACGCUCUCCACUCUCCAAAAUAUUGGAAAUCUUUCUAGUAUUCUAAGUGUCAACACACUUCUUCAGAUCUCCACGGUAAUACAAUGUCACUAAUAUUUAUGCAAUAAAACAUGGAGUUUAGUAUUUUUAUGUUAUAGCACAGGUGUAAUUAAUUUUUCUUUUAAAUCAAUACUCGGGAAGAGAUUUCCUUAAAUUCCUAUCAACUGUACUCAAAGCAGAUCUGUCACCUGAAAUUAAAAAUAACGAUAAUGACAAGAGCACAAAAAAUAUAUAUGUAAUAUAUUAAGAUUUUUAAAAUAAUCAGAUGUUGCCGAAAAAGGUCCCAUUGUGAACAGUUUCCUAUUUUAUUUUUGUAUUUUUUUCAUUAAAAUGACCCCCAACUGGGCCACUAUAUGCCAGCUAGAUAUUUAUUUGAAUUCAAAACUUUCGAUUAUACCUGGCAACAAUGUAUUGAACUCACACAACAUAUCCACUUAAAGACAUUUAAAUAAUAGAUUUAAUUUAAAACUGGUAGCUUUGAAGCAGAGCUAUGGCUAUUUUUGGACAGAAUCUAGGCCAACUCCUAUUUUUUGUUUUCCAUUUUAUAAUAAAACAAGUUGCAAGUGCUUUUUUGUUUUUAUAAGUUAUUGAAAAAGGAGGCCAAUGUGAGAAUGAAGGGUCUCUCUUGAUCAGAAAAACAUAUGAAAGAAUGCUGGAAAAUGGUUUAACACAGAAUGGAGGGACAGUUCUCCCUCCAUCUCAAUGAGAUGAAAUUGUUAUAGCGCCUACAGUGUCCUUUUCGCAAGAAAAAUGCUGUUGUCAGUUUUGAUGUAGUACAAGACCAAGGAUUUGAGCAACAUUUUGUAUUCUAACCUACAAUCUGAGAGUCCCAAUCGGUGCAGACACCUCUAAAAUGAAAACGCUAAUUAAGGAACAUCGUGUUCUGAACAAUUUUACCAACAGGUGAAAAAUAUUUAUUUAGAAUACCCAUGAUUAGUAGGUCAUGUCUGCUUAUGCAGGAGCAAAACAUUAUCUUAAAAGGGAGCUGUCACCUACCAGGGUGUGGAAUAUGUAACAGAUCUAAGUAAAAACCUACUUACGUCUGUCCAACAAACUGAGUAUGGGUGCCGCCAUCUUGAAUAUCAUGGCGAUUUCUUGACUGCACUAUUUUGCUUUUUUCGAUUGUAUUAUUAGUGACUUUGAAUAGAUUACGUGAUGAAGAUACGUACUGACCAGCUGACAGAAGAGAGUUAAGAUGUUUACUGACCUGAGAUUACAGUUACAAUCACAUGGCUUCCCUGGACCCAUGUUACCAUUUUGUAUGAAGUAUUUAAAUGCUGCAUGAUAGAUUUAAAAAAAAUUUAAAAAAAUACAACGUAUCAAGGCAUUUGCUUUGGAGUUUGUCUUUGAUUGAAAUGAACUUUUCCUGAGAUACAUAUGAAUUCAUUGAGUAGGGCCCUCAACCCCUCUGUUCCUGUGCGUCCAUUUGUCUGGUUACAAUUACAUGUCUGUUAGUCCACCCAUUGUACAGCGUUACAGAAUUUGCUGGCACUAUAUAAAUAAUAAAUUAAUAAUAAUAUUAAUUCUACAUGCUGAAGGGCAGCAUUUUUUAUUGGGGAUUUGGCAAAUCUAUAACUGGUAUAUUUAACAGGAGUAAAAUAUAUAUUAGCCAUAACAUGACUUGCUUACUACUACUAGCUCUAUUUUGUGAGUCUGUUGUUUCUGAUGUCUUUUUUUGUGGCUGUUUCAAAGGCCUUGAAGAUAAAGUUUUUCCCAGGCUUCCUCGGUCAGAUCAAAACUCAGUCCGUGACAUCAUUUUCAUACGUCAUAAGCCAGCUGAAGGCAGCUCAGACUAGCAGUCGAGACCUACGUAAGUAAACGCAGAGGACUUUUAUAAAGUAAAACUAAAUUGAUUUAAGAUUAUUAUCAGAAUAACAUUAAAUACCCUCCAUUGGCCCACUCUCAACUCUGAAUACUCUAAAGGGCAUGUCUUGGCAAUGCACCUGCUCACCAGGAUGGCCUGGCUUGUUGAGAGUGAGUGUGGUUAAUCUUGUGCUCACGCUGUACCUUUCCUGAAUCUCUCUAAAACUACAUGGCAAAGUAAGCCUGUUGGGUGGAUAGGAGGAGUGGGUAUUGUGACUUGAGAGGUCUGAGGUUACUUUCCAUCAGCAGAAUGCUUUUUUAGAGAUAUUUUCUUCUAUAUGUCUAAAUAUGUUUAUUAACUCAUCUUACAUGGUCAACCAAGCCAUGAGCAUUCUGCAUUUAACAGUGAUGGCUAACUUUGGAAACCCACGAUGUUUACGAGUAACUUUUCUAAUCAUACAUAGUUAGCCUAUACGGGUAAAUAUUGUUCAUAAUUGUGACACAGCACCCAAUUCAAAGACCACCCUGAGUGCCAUAGUGGGUCCGUGUCAGAGGCUCUUCCUUUGUUGGUCUGUUAGUGAAGUACCGCCUUCGAGCAGCAGUACGAGGGAGUGGAGGUGGCAGGAAUAUGAUUUAAAGUCAUAUUCCGUCUCUCUCUCCAAUCACCUUGCAUGUUGCUAACCCAGAGAUCAAUCAGAGGCACAUGUAGAGUCCCUGCCAUGGUCCUACUUGACCACGUUAUAAUCAAGCUAGGUGGGAGGUAUCUGAUGGCAUUGAGGUAGACAAAAGCUUCAGACUGGUGCAAAAGUCACCAGAGCUGUCUUGUCCUCCUUGGUCCCAGUUGCUUACAUCCACAUGUUAUGAGGGUUAAACUGACAUUGACAGGGUUGUUUGCAAAAGUGAGAACUGUUGUUAUUUCAAAUUGAAUUUAUAUUUUAAGUUCAAAGCAGCCAAACUGGAGAAAUUUACCAAGUCAACUAGAAUUCAUAAUUCCAGUUCGGCUACUUUGGUCUUAACCAUGUCAAAACUAACUGGAGAUCUACACUCACACUCACAUGACCAGUUUGUGUAAAAAUAUUUAUGAAGAAGGUUGUUUUUAAUUUGUAAUCUGACUUUUUUUUUUUGUCUAAAUACAGCCACCUGCACCAAUCUUACUACAGACAUAAUAGCGACACAAAAAGAAUACCUUGCUGUCAGCUAUACUAGCAGUGAACUGCAGACUUGUUUGAGCACCAGUGUGAUGAAUGAUAACUUGGACAAACUCGGAGCUGUGUCCUUUAAUAAUGACCAACUUCUAGUCCUGAAGGGCAAGGUCGAUGAGGUGAGGACACAGGGAUAAUCCUGGAUUGCUCUGUCGAUAAACCUCUAUUUAGUCAUUAUUUUUCAACAUAAUUUAUCAGAAGCUUCAAUAUUGAGGAUUAUUUGCAUACCACCAAAAUAAUCUGAACACAUAAUUUGUUCCCAAUAUUUCCAAUACUACUGGACAAUACAAAUCCACAUAAACAUGAUCUCCACCAUGUCAGUAAAACGUCACAUUAAAAUGUCGAAAAAAGUAGUUGCUUUCAUAGAAACAUAGAAUGUGACGGCAGAUAAGAGCCAUUCGGCCAAUCUAGCCUGCCCAAUUUUCUAAAUACUUUCAUUAUUCCCUGGCCUAAUCUUUUUGCUUUUAAUUUAGCAAAUUCACUUUUCCCAAGAAGUCCCUAUUUAGAAAAUAAACCCCUGGCACACCAGCACCACAGUCAGCAACUUAUGGCGCAUUGGUCAAAACUGUCACUUGUAACAGGCAAAGCCUACUGAUUCCUGUUUAGUAAAUACAUUGAGUAUCUGAUGCAUUAAUACAGUAACCAAUAGAAUCAUAAUGUGUGUGAGCUUUUUGGAGUAAAAUCACAUUAAGAUUUAUUUUAAAUAAUGACUGAACAUAGCUGCAGUUGAAAUGGAAAUGUGGAUUUUUUUUUUAACUUGGCUAUUUGGACUAAAAGUUUGACUGCAAAAGAACCGUAAUACUGAAUAGUGAAAAAUAUUUUUUAUAGACUAUACAUAUAUAGUUUUUUUUUUAUGUGAAUGUAAAACAUGCACUGGUAGAUUAACAUUAUGUCUUUUUUCUGUGUCUUUGCCCUUAGCUGUUCCCCAACGGAAUUCCAGAAGACUUUCUUCCACUGCUAGGUAACGUUGCAACAGUGUACAGCGCAAAGAAUGUUGAACAAUGGAACAUAACUCAAUUGAAAAUACUGGAAUUACUGUUAACAAGUGCAUCGUGGGAAAGUAAUAACGUAACGGUAAGUGUAGAAAGUAUAGGAUCCCAAAUAUGUAAAAACAUUAAGGAUCAGUUUAGGUACCAUAACAACUGUAGUUGUAGUGAUUAUGAUGCCAGGAGUGCCCUAGCUCCUAUACACGGUAAGAAGUCAAACCAUUUUUGACUUCUUCUGGGCACCUCCAGUCCGGCCUCCACUUUUGAGAUUGCCAAGUUCUAAUCACAUAAGUGAUGUCAGUUCUAUCUGUGAUUGGAUGGAAUACAUUGGUUGGAAGUGCCAACUGGUGAUCUCAGCCAAUGAAUACUAUACAAAUAGAGAUGAAAUUGAUAUAUCGAACGUAGAAGGGGAAAUUAUGGUUUAAAUAUAUCAGAAGACGAGACUGGACUGGAGGUGCCUGGUAACCAGAUAAGUAUUAAACCAUUCAAGAACCAUCAUGGUUGAAGUGGGCAGAGUGUGUACCGUAUAGUUUUAACUAGUUCCACAUAUUUUCCACUCUAAUAUGAUUUUAAAGACUAUCAUUGGUUCAUAAUUGGUAAAAGGUCAUUGAGUCAUCUAUAAAUGUACCAUACAAUCCCCAAGAAAUGAUUGUAUUGAUAUGCAUGGGUAGCUGGCUGUAAUAACCUUCAGAGACUUUGUUACAAUUACUUGUUCUGGAAAUUUCAGGUCAAUGCCUUGGUAAUGCAGUAUCUACAAAAAUCCAACACCAGUGUUGAUGGCACCACCCUCACAAUCAUAGCACCCUAUAUCUGCUAUCUGAAUGGGACCAUCAUUGAGGGAAUUAGCCGUGAAGCCAUAACGUAAGCUAUAUCUAUAUAAAUGCACACCACCACUUUCAUCUCAGCACCUGCUUCUCUCCCAAUAUAUUAUCACAGCAUCCAUUUCACCCCUUUUCUUGCAUCUUACUACCCACUUCUAGACACUUCAUUUUACUUAGUACCAAUUGACCCCCUCCUUCUAUCUUUGCAUCUAUCCAUUGUGUACCCAUUCUAUCUCAGCAACUACCCAUUGUAUACCCAUUCUAUCUUUGCAACUACCCAUUGUACACCACGUCUAUCUCAGCAACUACUCAUUGUACACCACUUCUAUCUCAGCAACUAUCCAGUGUACACCCAUUCUAUCUUGGCAAUUACCCAUUGUACACCACUUCUACCAGAAUUUGUUUGGGUGCAGUAAAACCCCAUUUCAUUAUUUUAGCCAUACCCCUUAUUGACGACCCAAGUUUAUAUUCCUACAAAAGAUAGGGUGACCAAUAAUUCCUUACCUUGAGACAUUUACAUUACAGGUUGUGUAAAAGGAGAUUUAAAGAGAAUCCAAUUAAUUUUAAGCAUUGAUUUUUAGGACGAGCACUGCAUCACUUAAUACAGCUACCUGUUCUCAGAGCAAUAAGAAUCUCCUGUUUGACAAGAUGAAAUUGGCCUACCAAUCAUUUGAAAGUUCACGAGCUGCAUACUAUCUGCUAUUGCUGCCUGGAAUAGGUGAGAUAGAAUGUCUAAAAAUUACAUAAUUUCUAAAUUCCUGGAGUCGUGGUUCAUAGAUGUUGUUGGCCAAAAAAGUGGCUCUCCUCGACAUUGCCCAUACAAGUACUUGUACUAUCCUUUCAGACUUCCCAACAGAGAAUUGAGUUCAUCAGCCUCAUACUGUAUAGACUUUAGAAAAGAGAAUCUUACUAUACUUUUAGAGCACUGUUGUAUAGGAACAUAUUAGACAUGCUCAACAAAGGGAGUACCACGACUGGUGGAAUCACUUCCUGGUUUGGACAGUAGUUUUAGCAGAUGCAAUGCCUUAGAAUUUACAACAAAAAUUAACAUAUUUAAUUUUUUAUUUUCAGUUUUAUUUUCAAUGUAUUGUUUUGUAUAUGUUUUUUGUCUAUAAAACGUGCUUUUAUUAAGAAAGAUGUCUGACUAAAAUAAUGGUACACUUUCAGGGGGUGCAAGGACUGCUGACCUGAUCCAGUUAUCUACAGAUUCUCCAGAAAUGAGUAUAAGUGUAUUUGCAGGACUGAAUCCCACUGAAGUCCAGGUAAAUUAAACUUACUAUAAUAGAUUUAAAUUUGUAUAAAUCUAAUAUGUUAUACUAAAAUGUAGCUCUAUUUUAUUGUUUAUUUUUCCCCCAACAUAUGAUCAUGUUAUAUUUAUUUAUUUUACAGUUUGACUGUAAAAUAGUUGUAUGACCGAACAUCAUGAUAUGCUUGUUAUGGUCCCUUUUGGAAGAUCGCCUAAAGUCCAAUCAGAAUAUUAAUUAGCAAACAAAACAUAAAUGAUCCUUUUUUCUUUCAACUCACUAUAUAUAACUUGACUGCUAGCUGAACUCAGCCAUCAAUCAAGAUGCAUCACAGAUUAAGAAAAUUCUGUAACAAUGAAAUGUAGCCCAUGAUUGUAAAUCAAUAUAUCAUUAAAAAUGUAUAAAUUGCAAGUAGGUUUCUGUAGACGUAUUUUCUAGAUUGUACCUUAAAUUGGAUAUUAAGCAUUACCUGUAGAAGAUACAUAAUCUGAUUUUACAAAUGUUCACCCACGCAGAGGAGAACAAUUUUUUUUUUUUUUUUUAUUUGCAAUGAUGUGAGUUUAAAGUUCAAAUGUCAUAUUAUUGGUCCAUUUCAUUUGGCCACACUUAAAAUAGUAAACGUUCUCAGAAAAUGGUCAAGGUUCUUGAAAAAUACAUGCAUCAAACUAUUCUCUCAUCACGCCUCUUUCUUUUUAUUCUAAAUCUUACACAGAAUCUAAAUGUCAGCACUAUAAAAAGCCUGCUUGGACCGAACUUGGCCGAACUAAACACCAUAUCCAGUGGACCUGUCAUGGCGGCUUGGAUUGCUGCACAUACGCAGAGUGAGGUUAAUUCUUUGGGGCUCUCAGCUUCAGCAGGAUUACCAGAUCCUACACCAAGUGGCUUCAUAGUUAUCAACAUGGGUAAGUAGAAUCCUCACAUCUUCCACGAUGAGUCUUCAAACCAGAGAUGAGAUUCUUUUUGAUAACUUAAAGAUGUCAGUUACAGUUUGAAGACCUAUUCACAUGCUUUUUUUAAGAAGACUAUACAGUCUCAGAUGAUAGAUGGGCAACCAGAUAGAAAGGACUGAAGGUCCAUAUAGAUAGAGUAUGGACGUCUGGUGGCUGCCAAGAUACGUACUAGCUGCUCUACCUUACAAAGGUGUCUCUUCUUGAACAUACUUUGUGUGAAAACUCAUAGUCUAGUACAGGGGUAUGCAACCCUCGGCACUCCAGAUGUUGUGGAAGUGCCGAAGAUUGCCUACCCCUGUUCUACGAUGUUGUGAUUAAGCUGUAAUUAGGACUCUGUAGAUGUACAUGUAAAUCAUCCAGUAAACAGUCACUCCUCUAAUACUAUUUUCCAAGAAAAUACAAAAUACCAUCUCCCAACUUAUCACAGCAAUAUUCCAUAUUCCAGAAUUAGUCUCCCCCAGCUCUUACCUCAGAUGUUUUCUUUAAACUUUCCCUAAAGCCCCUCUACCGUUGUCUCUUUUACAGUGUUAAUUUUGGCAACCACAUUUUUUGAGAUUUAGUUGACUAAAACAAAAACAAUUCAGAUGACUAAUAUAGGACUAAAACUAAAUGGCAUUUUUGUUAAAAGACUAUGACUAAAACUAAAUUGAAAUUUGAAGCCAAAAUUAUCACUGCACAGAGGGGCUGUGUAAGGGGCAAAAGAGACAGAACUGGGCUUGGGAAAGAGAGACACCUAGAGGGGCUGGGAUGACACAAAGAGACACAGAUGGACUGGGGAAGGGGCAAAAGAGACAGAGGCUUUAACUAAACCUAUUGGAUUUUAGGCAUGUCGACUAAAAUCUCCUUUAGAUUUAGUCAAAGAGAAUCUACUAUAGAUUGAGUUGACUAAAACAAUUCAGAUGACUAAAACUAAAAUGCCUUUUUAGUCAAAAGACUAUGACUAAAACUAAAUUAAAAUUUGCUGCCAAAAUUAACACUGCUCUUUAAUCAUGUCUCUCUCCCUAUGACCCUUGAGUUUUUUUGUACUCUGUCUGUUUCUUAGAUGGUGCAAAGGUUAACAAACAUGAUAAAGUUUAGAGGUGCACCUUAAAACCAGCAUAAUAAGUUCGCUGACGGGUAGUGUAACAUGUUUCCCUCGAAAUAUUGUAAAACAUGGCUGGCUAAUUAAAAACAAAUGUAGCACAACAUACAAUAAAGUUCACUUUUCCUAUGCUUAUGUACCAAAUUAUCUUAAAUGUGUUUUUUUCUGCACUCUUUCAGUGACAUCGGGGGCCACCAAUCGACAUUUUGCCUCUCUUCUCCUGUCAUUUGCGAUGGCUGCUAUAAUUCACAUCACUACCUCUCUCUAGUGUCUACAGGCCCUGUGCGACAUCACUCAGUGGAAUUAAGCUCAAAUUCAGAAACACUAUCUGAUAUAUCUAAGACUGUCGAUAACUUCAAAGGGAAAAAAAUUAUAAAAAAUAUACUAUGACAUUAUCUGCAAAUGUGGCUUCACAGAAGUCUAUGAGCAAGCUGGUAUAUACAGCAACAGGGAAUUUGUUUAAAUGUCCUUCAAUUUGCCUUUCCCCCAGUUAUUAUUUAAUAAGCCAUACACUUUAAAAAAGAACAUCCAUUACUUGUAUCACCUCUAAGCGGGCCCCGUUAUGAAAGUUACAAAUUGUUGAUUUAAUUUAAAGUUCAUCUUCGAAUUCCAACUGAAAGGUGUGUAAUUCUUUUAAAUAAAGUGUUCUUGACUUACUGGGCUUCUCACAAAAAACUUAUACCCAGAGUAGAAACUCCCCAUUGGUUAUUUGGAACUAAAUGUCAGAUGAGCUAACAUUCUAUUAAAGUGGUAUGCACUUCAUUUCCAUCAGCACUUUACGAGUUAAUGUAAAAGACGUCAGCUCACCAAUUAAAAACAAUUACAAUUAUUAUUAUUAUUACCCUGCUUCUAUCUGACAUUUUAAUAUCAGCUAAUAUAAGCCUUGAUUUACUAUUUCUGGAUAAACAUAAAAAAAAAAAAUCAUAUAUAUUUUAAAAAUUUUUAAAAAGAUAUCAAUAUAUCAAAAUAUUACAAUACUAACAUAUUUUGCUAAAUAGUAAAUCAUAUUAAAAGUUUAUUCAUUUGAAAAGCUUCAAAUGUUGAAUCGAUGUGAUAGAGAUUUCCUGUAUAUCGAUAAGCUCACUGUCACAAGUAGAAACAAUUUUGUAAGUGCAGAUAAACUACCCAAAAAAAUGAAGGUUUCUGCAAUGAUUUACUUUUAAGAAAUGGUUCAUUUCUAUUUGAGUUAUCACAUAGACAUAGCCUAUACAUAAAUAUGAAGAUAUGAAGGAUAAAUAAAAAAAAAGUUUAUUACAGCAAUCUUAUAGCAAAUGAAGGGGCCACUAAUUAGAAUAUAACAAUGCUGAUUUCGCGCAGGCUACGAACAUCAGCACUGACUAGGUUAAUUUAAAAGGGUUACUUAUCCACAUGUAUUGCCUCGAUCCAAACAGGGGCCAAGAAUAUUUACCUGUAAUAUGUAAUCUCCUUUAAAAACUAUGCGAUAUUUGCACCAAACGUUUAAUCUGCUUUUAUAUCAAAAUUAAAUUGUGUUGAUUAAAAAAUAUAUUUCUAUUUAUUUAAACCUUAUAUAGGUACUACUGUAUAUAUUAACCUGUACAAUAAACAAUAAACAUUGAAUAAUUUACUCUUAAAGGCACACUCCGUUGCCCAAAUACAAGAUUACCACUGCCAGCUCUAUAAUAAAAUUGUAUACAAAGGUUAAAUAACAGUAUGCCAAGAUCAUAUUUUAUUUAAAAAAAAAAAGAUAUCUGAUAUGUUAUGAAAAUAGCAUAAUAUGUUUACAUGGCCUGAUUUUUCUAUAAGAAACAUAUAUUUUUAAAUAAUAAAAUAAUUUUUAUAGUAUCCACUUUUUUGUGACAAUUGUGACUAUGACGUGAUUAAUACAAAUAUAUAUUUUAUAUAUCCUUGUAUAAUAAAAAGUGUUUCUACUAAAUUAUUAGAUGAUCCAUUGUGGUGACAUAAUCUAUCACAAAUACUUUAUGUAAAUGAUUAAAUUAAUAAAAUUGCAUUUCAAAAUAUAAGGGUCUGUCAUUUAAUUCUUUCACUAUGUUACCCAUGGUUAAUGAUUUGUAGCUCUCGG